AUGUCCAUUGCACUCAAACAAGUUUUUAACAAGGACAAGACGUUCCGCCCCAAACGGAAAUUUGAACCCGGGACCCAAAGAUUUGAGCUCCACAAACGAGCGCAGGCCUCGCUGAACUCUGGGGUGGACCUGAAAGCAGCUGUGCAGUUGCCUGGUGGAGAAGAUCUGAAUGACUGGGUAGCAGUUCACGUGGUGGACUUUUUCAACAGGAUCAACUUGAUCUAUGGAACUAUCUGUGAGUUCUGUACGGAGAGGACCUGCCCUGUGAUGUCGGGGGGCCCAAAAUAUGAAUAUCGGUGGCAGGACGAUCUGAAGUACAAGAAACCUACGGCAUUGCCAGCACCCCAGUAUAUGAAUCUUUUGAUGGACUGGAUUGAGGUGCAAAUCAACAACGAGGACAUAUUCCCUACUAGUGUAGGUAAGUUUACACUUGUGUCUUAAGAAUCGCAUGCCGCACAAGAGGUUCCUCUUAAGACUUGUUGGGUAUGGUGUUUGGCUCAACCAUCGGCCUACUCUUCAAAAUCCCUCGCACAUCCCUUAUUUGAAUCUCCGUUGGGUUUCCAAGUCUCCCCACACCAUGCAAAGCCCACACAGCGGUGCUCUUUUCAGUCGGCAAUUUGGAGGUUGGAACAAAAACCGUGUGGUGGGGUUUGCAAGGCCUAAAGAAGCAUGGAAAGCCGGCUUUGAAGGAGAGGCAUGUGAGGGAUUUCGAUGGUUUUUGGGGGGGCAACACACCUGUUGGUCAUGUGAUGUCACUGUGACACCACAUGAGCGACAGAUGGGUUGCCUGAAGUCCUGUCACAGUGGUCUGCAGGGUUCCAAAAAGCUGGUGUAAGGUCUUGGUGUCAGGUGUGCGUGCAGCAGCCAGGCCCUGUGACUAAUAGGACUCUGCAGGACUGGGGCCUUCCUAAGUUUUUUCUGAAGAGGGAAGGCGCUGCCCCACAGGUGAGGCCGAUUGGUAACUCACAGCACCUGGUGGCAAGAGCUGGAAAGGGAUAUAAGGUCAGCAUUUCCCUUCGGCUCUUUGCCACAGCAACACGCUUCCUGCCUUAGGCUUCUUGCUUCCUGAUCCUUGAACCUAAGCUCCUUGACUCCCUGCUUCUUGAUCCUUGGACCCCUGACUUCAUGCCUCUUUGCUUCCUGACCCUUGGACCCUUGGCUUCUUGAUUCCUGGCUUCUGGACCCCCAUUCCUGCUCCCAGCCCGCCAUCUUGCCCCCAGUCCUGACGUCCCCUGCCAGGACUUCGAUCGCCCGUGAACUGGACCAUGACACUUGGUUGAUAAAGAGGUAUGGAGAACUUGAAUGUUUGCCAUGCUUUGGGGGACAUUUUGAUUUGUCACAAUACAGUUGUACCUCGGAAGUCGAACAGAAUCCAUUCUGGAAGUCCCUUCGACUUCCAAAAAGUUUGGAAACCGAAGCGCGGCUUCAGAUUGGCUGCAGGAAGCUCCUGCAGCCAAUCAGAAGCCACGGAAGCCCUGUUGGACGUUAAGGUUCCAAAAAUAGUUCGCAAUCCGGAACAGUCACUUCCGGGUUUGCUGCUUUUGGGAGCCAAAAACAUUUGAGAACUAAGUUGUUCGAAAACCAAGGUACAACUGUAUAAGUGUUGUCCAACUCUGGGUUUUGGAGUUUUAUGGACCAAGCUACCCUUCCUUUGUAAGUACUUUUAAAGUUUAGUUUUGCAAUGUACAUGGAUAUACAUGUGACCCUCAACUUACACUGUGGUUACAUUCUGGGAAUAGUGCUGAAAGCCAGUGUUAGAAAUCAGCCGGGCCCUAAUUUUAGACUAACGUCUGUGUAACUUGGCAAAGUGAAGAGUAACCGUACUGAGAUUUAUUAGAAAUAUAUUAUAGUGUGUUUGGGAGAAGGACGACUCACAGGUGGGAUGUUUAUGCCCUUGUGGCUUGUUGGAUGGAUUUGUUAGGAGACACUUGCGGACAGCAGACGCUACAAGGAAAUGCCAGAAGCGUUCUAUUUGUUUGGCUGAACAGGUGGAAGCUCUGUUUCCCAGUGAUUGCUCUGUUUCCUUUUGUUGUGCAUUGAUGGGAAAGGCAACAAACUCCAUUGUUAUAAAUUAGCCAGGCGCGUUUUGCGACUGGUACCGGUCCAAUGGCGACCAUUUGUGGAUUUCUGGAUUGCCAGGUUGGUGACUAGGGAAAGCAAACUGUCAUCUGGACCUGAAAGAUUUUCCUUGAAGCUUGAAUAUCUUUUAUUUGGGAUUGUUUUAUUUGAGGUUUUAAUGUGUUUGUAAACUGCUUUGAGAUUUGUUCUUUAAAAACACAAAGCAGUAUAGAAAUGAUAUGAAUAAUAAUGAUAAAUUCCACAGCCAAAAAAAGAGGUGUCUGUACAUUCCAUUGUGGCGACCGUAACCUGGGUUUAAGAUGCCAUUUGGCGAUUAGAUAAUAUAUCUGAGUUUCUAACGCUACUUAUGGAAGUGUCAGUGCUUCUGAAAGCAGUAGGUGUUCCACCAAACCCCAUCUUAUUCUCAGCAACCAAGACAUCUUAGACUAACCUUCAAUGCCUCCCUUUCCAUGGAGGUGCAGAUUGCAGCCACAGCAAAGGUGGCAUUUUUCCAUCUUCACCGUAUUAAGCAGUUGGUCCCUUACCUUUCUUGCCCUGAUCUGGCCACAGUGAUCCAUGCGAUGGUCACCUCCUGGCUUAAUUAUUGUAACUCUCUACGCGGGGCUGCCCUUGAAGCUGCCCUAGAAACUCCAGCUGGUGCAGAAUGCUGUGGCGAGGCUCCUCACGGGGUCCUUGCCUCGGAAGCACAUUCAUCCAGUGAAAUACCAGCUGCACUGGCUCCCGAUGGAGUACAGGGUCAGGUUUAAGGUGCUGGUUUUGACCUUUAAAGCCCUAUGCAGCCUAGGACCCACAUACAUACGGGACCGCCUCUCCUGCUAUGCCCUGCGGAGGACCUUAAGGUCCACAAAUGGCAACACUUUGGAGAUACUAAGUCGCAAGGUGGUUAGAUUGGUCUCAACUAGGGCCAGGGCCUUUUCAGUACUGGCCCCGACUUGGUGGAACGCUCUGUCGCAAGAGACUAGGGCCCUGCGGGACUUGACAUCUUUCCACAGGGCCUGCAAGACACAGCUGUUCCGUCUGGCCUUUAGUUUGGACUCAGUCUGACCCUUAUGUUUCCCUCCCCUAACGGUUUUAAUCUAUGGGCAACUUUUAAAAUGGGGCUGCAUUUUAAAUUGCAUUUUAACCUGUAUUUUAAAUUGGUCGUUUUUUUGUGUAUUAUGUUUUUAUUGUAAUUUUACUGGUGUUAGCCGUCCUGAGCCUGGCUCUGGCCGGGAAGGGCAGGGUAUAAAUAAAAUGUAUUAUUUAUUAUUAUUAUUAUUAUUAACGAACGGGGCAAAAGCCCCACGUGCUGAAUGUGGGCCUAUAAGGGGCAGCAGCAACUCCUCUAUAUGUGCCUGAACUAUUUUGUAGUGAAUUUCCUAGUUAUUUGCCAUACUUAAGAUGCUCAAGAUAAGCAGGUGUGCGUAUCUCUACGCAAGAAGGAACAUUUUCUGGAAUAUUAUUUGCGGUCUCCAUAAGCAAUUGCCUGCUUCGUUUUGUUCCUAAAUCCCUGUAGUGUCUUUGUGAGAGAUUGAUUCCUUGCUGCCCCUUUCGGAACGAGUAGCUUUAAGGAACUGUAUCUUUCCCAGCCUGCUCCGUCUUGUUUCAGGACAAAAGCCAAGAACAAAGAAAUCAAUACAUGAUCUCCUGCCAGCUUCCUCUUCCCUCGAGUCUGUUUCAUCUCUGAAGGCAGCAGUAAUAGCUAGGGGAAGGAGUUCCUGCAUCAGCCUUGGGCAAGCAGGAACAAGAGUGCCACUAUUUUAAAAGACAUGUCUGUAGCAUGGGCCUAGCCAGGAUUUAUGUUUUUUGGGGGGACAGGACACCCACCUGUCAUCAUCCUGUCUGGCUCUGCUGAGCAGAUUCGGAAUGAAACAUCUCAACAACAGCUGCUUUGAAUUUCUUUUAACUCCCAAGUGCUCAGAAAUACCUGUAAAAACCUUCCGUCAUUUGAAAACUAGGAAGUUAAGUGAGCAUCAGGUAGUACCUCAGUUAAUGAGCAUAUUUUGCAAAAUCACAAAGAACACGCCUUUUCCCCAUCUUGGUUUUUAAAAAAAUCUAAACUGAAACAAGUUUUAUUGGAUUUGGUGAAAACCUUUUCAGCACUUCCUUCUCAAAUUCCUCCUUUUCCCCAUACGUACAUAGGUUCCCCCCCCCACUGUUCACUAGGUACUUCUCCACCAAUUAUACCUAAAAGAAAAGCUUCUGGUUUUUUCACAAACGCUACCUUCAUCAUUCCCCUCACCCCCAACUCAUUAUAAAUCAUUUCCCAGAAGUGAUCAAGUCACUUGUUAAUCAUUUCUUUCUUUGGGUAAAUGAAACUCCUGUUUAUCUUGCCAGAGAAUACUGCCGGUGUUCCUUUCACAAGCACAGCCCUGCUGUUGCAAGUGCAAAGAGCUAAAGGCUGGUGAGACUUUCAGAUAAUGGACUUACAGUGGUACCUUGGUUUACGAACUUAAUCCGUUCCGGAAGUCCAUUCUUAAACCGAAACCGUUCUUAAACUGAGGCACACUUUCCCUAAUGAGGCCUCCCGCCGCCGAUUCCCUUCCACCAUUCAGCUUCCGUUCUUAGACCGAGAUAAAAUUCAGAAACCGGGACACUACUUCCGGUUUUGCGAAGUUCGUAAACCGAAUCGUUUGUAAACAGGGCUGUUCUUAAACCGAGGUACCACUGUAAUUCCUGAUUUCACUGAGCUCAGUGCGGGGAUGACCAGGAAGGUGUUGACAGGAAAGGUGCCCCUCUUGUAUCCUCGAAAGGGUGUGCCUUUUUUUUUUUUAGGAAGGAGAGGGCUUGGCAUGGAAAUAUCUGACACAUGGCAACAUUUUGGAUGCCAUAGUAGUUGCGGCCAGGGUGAUGAAGCAGCAGAAUCUGCCAAAUUGGUCCUCAAAGUCUUAUACCAAGGAAGUGGCCGUAAUGUUCUCUGUGGGCCGUUGGCCUUGGGAAUUACAGUGGUACCUUGGGUUACAGACGCUUCAGGUUACAGACUCCGCUAACCCGGAAAUAGUACCUCGGGUUAAGAACUUUGCUUCAGGAUAAGAACAGAAAUUGUGUGGUAGCCGCGGGAGGUCCCAUUAGCUAAAGUGGUGCUUCAGGUUAAGAAGAGUUUCAGGUUAAGAACAGACCUCCAGAACGAAUUAAGUUCUUAACUCGUGGUACAACUGUAUAAAAUGUACAAGUUGUCACCAAAUGUGCCUCAUCAAUCAGGGAUGGGGACCUUGUGGCCAAUGCGGCAACGAGACAUUCCAUUUUGGCUACCACAUCCUUGGUUUGAGGAGCCACGGCGGCGCCUAGCUUACUGUAUAUCUUGAGUUUCUAACGCUUUGAAAAGGUAUUAAUGAGAAAUGACUAUUGGGAGUGGCGUGUGAGGGUUAAACCUGCCCCUGUGGCGAGCCUUGCCCAGUGGGGCAUGAGAAAACAGCAGGAGUCCUUUUUGAACGUCUGGUGGGUUUCCAUGUCUCCCCACACCUUGCAAAGCCCACCCAGCGGUGCUCUUUUCAAUCUGCAAUUUGGAGGGUGAAACAAUAACCGUGUGGUGGGGUUUGAAAGGCCUCAAGAACCAGACCGAUAUAGUGGUACCUCGGUUUAAGAACAGUCCGGUUUAAGAACAAUUUGGUUUACCAACUCCGCAAAACCUGAAAUAGUGUCCCGGUUUGAAAGCUUUACCUCGGUCUAAGAAUGGAAGCCGAACGGUGGAAGGGCACUGGCGGCGGGAGGCCUCAUUAUCAUCAUCAUCAUCAUCAUUUUUUAUUUGUAUGCCGCCUUUCCACAGUUAAAAAAACAAUGCUCAAGGCGGCUUACAGCAUAACAAGAUUUGCAUAAUUACAAAAGUCAUAAACAAUAAAUAGAUCACACCAAAAAAUACACAACCAAUUGGGAAACAAUUUCCACAUAAAUCAAAAUCUAAAACUAAGAAUACACCAUUCAUAUCAGAGUUUAAAAUGACAUAGGUAAAAAACAAAAACAAAAUAAAACAGAGCCCUCUCUGCCCAGCAGCAGCAGUGGCAGCAGUCCUUUAUAGAGCCCAUCAGGCCCUGACCUGGGCCAGGUGGUGAGUAGUAGGACUGGGUCCCUCAGGCGCUGAGCAGGGGAAUCCUCCUGGAUGGUGGCCGCAGCAGCAGUUCUUAAAGGCCUGUCAGGCCCCGCCCUGGACCAGUCACAUCAACAAUGCCCUGUUAUAAAGGGGGAGCAGACAGCUGCAAUUCUCUCACUCUCAAUGAAGUUUUUCAGUGGUUUAGCAGAAACUGGCCAGUCAAACCCUCCAACUUCUCUGCAUUUCAGAUGUGCCCCCAUCACAUUCAUGUCAUGUCAUCUGCAAUCUCUCUCUCUCUCUCUCUCUCUCUCUCUCUCUCUCUUCAACACUCAUGGAGAAACCACAGAUGGUAGAUAUUCUUUCCUCUAAAAACACCAAAACCUUUCAUAUUCCAGGGGUGUCAAGUGCUUGUUUCCCAGUUCUGGGAGGACUACCUCAUUAGGGAAAGCGCGCCUCGGUUUUAAACGGUUUCGGUUUGAGAGCUGGACUUCCGGAACAGAUUAAGUUUCUUAAACCGAGGUACCACUGUAGUUCCAUCUAGCUCAGUGUUCCCUACACGGAAUGGCAGGAGCUGUCCAGACAGGAGUUUCUCCUACCUGGUGAUGCUGGAGAUUUGAUGCUGGGACCUUCUGUAUGCAAAGCUGGUGACCUGUCCCUGAGGCCCGUUUGCUUCACCUGUCCCUGUUCCUCUUUUCAUGGAUGUGGCAGCUCCUUUGUCUCCGGAAAGGGACUUCCCCCACCCCCAUUGCAGCGGAUGGUGUGAGAGGCAAGGACUUCCCCAGACUGUGCAUCACAAUGGGUCAACGUGGUAACUUUUAAGGAUCUAGUUGUGUGGCUGGGUGCCUAGUUGUUAACAGUGAAUUGCAAUUUGAUGCUGUGUAGUGUUUCAAUGCAGCACCCCCUAAUUCGAUUCUUUUGGGGAAGCACGUGUGUGUGUUUGUUUGAUGGAUUUGUGCUCCAUUAGCGAAUGGACUUUGCAGAAGGAAAGUCGGCGAGGAAUUCACAGAAGCCGUAGAUGUUUUCUGGGUUAAUCUUAUUAAAGCCACCCUCUUUAAUUUUGCAUGCAUCCAUGCACGGUAUUUAGAGGAGGAUUUCAAGAAACGCAGUUAAGUAGGGCUUUGGUUAAAGAGUCUGUUGCAAAGGGGUGGGAAGCAAUUUCAGGGAAAGCACAAGCCUGCUUGGACAAAUAGCUGCCCCCACCCUUCCCAUUCUUCUGUGCCUUAUGAUGGAUAGUAUUAUGGGAUUGGGUGAUCUCGGGGAUUGCCCCUAUAAAGUUGGAACCUGUAAAAGAAGACAGUUAAAAUGGCCAAACCAUUUUCUUCCGUUAGGUAAACAGCCAGGUCUAUUAAGUUCCUCCUUUGUUAGGUGAACUAGGAGCAAUAUGUUGCCCCAGGAACUAAAUAUCUGGAGGCAAGGACAAAGAGGGCCUGUCUUUCUUCCUCCCUGCCCUCCCUUGGCGGGAGUUGAUGCCAUGGAAGUGGGCUUCUUGUGCAGAAGGGUACGUAAAAAGGUAAAGGUAAAGGACCCCUGGACAGUUAAGUCCAGUCAAACUUGACUAUGGAGUGUGGUGCUCAUCUUGCUUUCAGGCCGAGGGAGCCAGUGUUUGUCCGCAGACAGCUUUCCGGGUCAUGUGGUCAGCAGGACUAAACUGCUUCUGGUGCAACGGGACACUGGGACGGAAACCAGAGUGCACGGAAACACCGUUUACCUUCCUGCCACAGUGGUACCUAUUUAUCUACUUGCACUGGCGUGCUUUCAAACUGCUAGGUUGGCAGGAGCUGGGACAGAGCAACAGGAGCUCACCCCGUCGCAGGGAUUCGAACCGCCAACCUUCUGAUUGGCAAGCCCAAGAGGCUCAGUGGUUUAGACCACAGCGCCAGAAGGGUACUUGCUGUGCACAUUCCCAGCUCUUUAUCCUCCACUGAAUCCAGGACACAUUUCAGGCCAGGCCAAAACACUCGAGGAAGGUAUGAAGCAAGGGCAAUGAGGUGUGGCUGUUGAAAAGAUGGUGUGGCCGGGGAGGAUGUUUGGCCUCCCUAGAACCAGACGUAGAGGUCCGGAAGGCUGGAUUUAGCUCCUCAGCCUGCGGUUCCCGAACCCUGAACUAACAGGAACACUCAUAAUAAAGUUGCAAUUUCAGCAGUGGUGGACUUUGGGCUUUAAAAUCUCAGCAGUGCCCCGUGAUCCACAUGUAUAUACUUUGUAACUAAGUCUGCCUUCUGCAGACUUACCAGGAACUUACCAGGAACCUAAUAUUGAGAGGCUUAAGCAAGCCUGCAACCAGCUACCCGCUGUGUGUUUAAAAGGGGAAUGCAAAACUCUGCUAAGUUCUAGAAAUUGCUAGCGCAAGUUAGGAAGGAUAUUAAUAAACAACAUAUACUCUCCUGCCUCCCUGAACAUUCCCACACCAUAUUCUGCUGGUGGGAGGAGGAGUCUGUUUUUCUUGGACAUUCCUUACAGCUGUAUGACUCCUCUUGUUCCCUUGAUCAAGGAUGGUAUUCAUGACGGUUCAACCCGCACGCUGUCUUUGGGCUCACCAAUCAACACUGAAUCUUUUGUGCAUUUUGAUAGCUAAUAAUGUCAGGCUGCGUUGUCUUGUCCCUGAAGCAGUUUCUGUCAGCGCCUUAUAUUGCGAGGAGCCUGUUCCGAAGAAUCAAGAGAACACCUUCUAUCUCCCUCUCAUUGUAUCCAAGUUCCAUAUUUCCUGUCUUGGAACAAGAAGCUAUAUGCUCUCAUUCUACCCUCCACCCCCUGUUUCUGUUAUAUGAAACAAGCCAGAGUAUUUAUGGCCAGAUGUCGCAACACUAUUUAAUCAUUAUGUCUAAUUACAGUUAACUUCCCCCAGCAGCCUCACGUGAGCUGUCUGGAUUUAGCGGACCAAAUUUUACUUUGCUAAACUGAAAAGAUAGAUGUGUGUCAGAUAAGUAAAGAACUGGAGCCAAUUAAAAAAUUCCUUUCGGAAACUUUGAGCCUGCUUACCACCCUAACUGAAUUAAUUGAGAGACAAGAAGCUGCUUUCCUUCACAUAACAAUGUGUGUGUGUGUGUGUGUGUGUGUGUGUGUGUGUGUGUGUGUGUUAUCUAUGCACGUACCUUUUUGCAAAUGCUACACCUCAACAUUUGAUUCAUCCUGCAUGGCAGCUGUUCUGACGCAUGCAAACGGUUUUCCCAUAUGAAAAAACCGCAGUGGGUCCCUCCCUCUUCAUGCAGUGAUCAUAGCUAUUUUUCUAGAAAAAGUGAUGCCGGAACUCGCCACGAAGUGCCACACUUUUAACAUUGGCUGUGUGUGCCGGUACUGAGUACCAUUGAGUGCCACCAGGAAAACCCACUGGCCAGAAACCAUAUUAUAAGUGCUGGAACUGAGUUCCUGUGAGUUCUGCCUGGAAAAAAGCCCUGCCAUUGACCAUCAAACGAGUGCCCCGGGCCCCCAAAUUUGGGUGCAAACCAGCACCCGUGCACCUGGGAAUGCCAUUACAUAGCAUUGUUACUGGUGGGAUUUUUUCCACGAUAGUGGCCACUUCCAACAGAUUGCAAUGCUUCCCCACCCCUUUGAAUUUAACACAAGAUUUAUCUUACUUUGUUUAUUAUUCCAUGGAAAUGAGAGCUAUUCCAUUAGAUUUCCACAGGUGCAAAAGCUCCAACAGAAUAUGGAAGCAAACAGGGAAGUGUCAGGAAAUGGAGUCGACAUUCAUGUGAAUGCAACCUUAAUGCCAUUAAAGUGUUAGUUACAGGUAGGUAGCCGUAGUCGAAACAAAAUUUAAAAAAUUCCUUCCAGUAGCACCUUAGAGACCAACUAAGUUUGUUAUUGGUAUGAGCUUUCGUGUGUCGUUGCCCUCAAAGUCUCCGAAUGUUUGCCCCUCUCCCCUUUGGUAUAGGGUGAAUUUUGUCACACAAAAUUGGGGAGCAGAUUUCUGUCUCAACACGAGACAAGCCCCCCCCCCUUAAAAUGGUAAUUCAGAAGGCUCUGAAACUGUUAAAAUCAUUUGACACCUAAACAAAACACCCCAAAACCUGCUGGGUGAAGGCAGAAAGGAAUGGCUGAAGAUCUUCUGCUGCUAAACUGGUGGCGUGGGAACAGGAUGGGCUUUUGCAACGAACUCCAUGAGGAAGAAUAGAGAAGACACUGUGAGGAAGGCAUAUGUGCAAUGGGGGGUUGCAAAGAAACGGCUCACUCUUGCUGAACCAGUUUGCCUGCUAUUUCCUUGCGCCUGGGGAUCGCUUUUGCCAGACCUAUGUAAAUUUAAUGGGCGCUUGUCUCGGCUGACAAUUGAGUGCCUGCUGGAAGAGGAACAAGAUAGCGCAGCUCAGCAGAUGCCAGAGGUUAAAAACACGAGGGAUGGAGCUACAGAAGAAGAGCUAAUUUCAGCAGCCCAGCCGACUGCUUUCUUCUGCGUCCCACCAUCUGGCAAAUGGCAAACACCCCGCUUCAUUUUAUACCGUGUCACCCUUUCAUGUUUAAUUGGUGCUCUAGCCUUGCACAGAUGAAUUCCAUAAUCUGCAGGCAGCGCUUUAGACAAGACUCGCUUCUUGCAAACUCAGUGGGUGUCAGGAAACAUAGGGACGUAGGGAAACACAGAGCUACAAGGCUUUGUGGGGUCCCUGAUAUGACUAGGAGGGUCUCUCAUCAUCGUGUUUCAACUUAGGGAAAAUAAAACCCAGAAUCAUCCCCGUUUUCCUCAGUAUUUAGUUCAUGUACAGAGCCAAUGCACACCCGUAGUAUGAGUCGUUUUUAAGCACUGGUUUUUGCUUUAGCACCUCAGAAGUCAUUGUUCUUUUACGCCAUAGCUGUGGAGAAUGUGUACAAGCCACAAAUGUGUACAGCAGUGCCUUGGUUCUCAAAUUUAAUCCGUUCCCGGGGGUCCGUUCGAUUCCCGAAACGGUCAAAAACCAAGGCGCAGCUUCCGAUCGGCAGAAGAAGAAGAAGAAGAGGAGGAGGAGGAGGAGGAGGAGGAGGAGUUUGGAUUUGAUAUCCCGCUUUAUCACUCCCCUUCAGGAGUCUCAAAGCGGCUAACAUUCUCCUUUACCUUCCUCCCCCACAUCAAACACUCUGUGAGGUGAGUCGAGCUGAGAGACUUCAUUGUAGGAGCUUCAGACCUUCGGCUUCCAAAAGCCAUUUGCAAACCGGAACACUCACUUCCGGGUUUGCGGCGUUCGGGAGCCGAUUUGUUGGGGAGCCAAGCUGUUCGACUGCCAAGGUAGCACUGUAUUUUUGAAUUAAGGACAGGGUAGGUUUUCACUUGCAAAAAUUCUGACACCUACUGCUGAGUAGCUCUGGGCAUGUGUGAAGUGCCUUUCCUUGCAAAGAAUACAAUUUCUUUUCCUUGCCCGUCCAGAUGCGCUGUGGAAACCAGUAUCCUAUGCCUCAGCCAGCAAACGUGCCCCACAAGAGAGGUAACAGUGGGGUGCAGAGGCAGGCAGUUUCUUGUUGAAGUGUUUCUGCUCUGGGCUGGCAAACUUGCUGCAUCGCAGCCGAGGGUUUAAUACAGAGAGGUAUCCUUUCACUUGCUUUUUUUCUUUGCAACUGGUGCAGUGCGAACCCAGAAGCAAGCACCAAGCAGUUGCUAGGAAAUGCCCCAAUCGACAUGCCAGAUUCACGUAAUUAGCAGGCCGUAACGUGCCAUUUUGGCUGGCCGGGGUUUGUGGAUAGCGGCACAUGGCAAACAAACCUGAAGCCAUCCUCCUUCCAAAGGGAAGACCACAAGAGUUAGAAGUCUGCAAGCAAUGUUUGCAAGCUUGCCUGCCAACAGAUAUCUGUUAGUCACAUAUGCCACAUCGACAGCCAGAGAAAGAAAGAAAGAAAGAGAAAGAAAGAAAGAAAGAAAGAAAGAAAGAAAGAAAGAAAGGUAACAGUUUACUUCCAGUACGUAGAAAAUACUGGCUGUAAAAUUGCCCCAUUAUACGGUAUAUGGUUACCAGUUCUGGAUCUGUCAGAGUCUUUUUCCUUUUAGAAUUGCAUCAAAGGUCCAGCUUUGCCAACCGCACCUUUUCCUCAUCAUUUCUGAAAUUAUGAAAGGACCCUCACCUGGAUAAAUCCCCUUCUCCUCCCCCUUCCCACCCCAUCCUGAGGGCCUUGAGCCACAAGCCUUCCAAGAUUUGAAGCCAGGAACACUUCUGUUUCAGCAUAAUUUUUGCCAUUAAAGAUAAUUAACCUGUGUGCAUUUAAUUUAGGGCAUUUUCAGCACAGCUGGGAGUUUUAAAACGGAACAGGGCACUCACCUAUAGCAACCUUGUCUUGUCAGGAAUGUGCUUUGGGUUGUUUUGGUUCAUAUCUAGGCCUAAAAGAAAGCAAGGGGUGAAUCUAAUCUCAUCUGCCCCCCCCUCAACCCACUUCCUUGGAUACAAUACUUAGGUGUGUGAUUUAAAAAAAGCACAAUUUCAAUUAUGAAGAUACAUUAGAAAGAAAGAAAGAAAUACAAAAAUACAAUGUAAUAUAUUGUAUAUAAUAUAAAUACAAUGUAAUAUAUUUAUAUAAUUCUUAUAUAAAUAUACAGUACAGUGGUGCCUCGCAAGAUGAAAUUAAUCCGUUCCGCGAGUAUCUUCGUCUAGCAGUUUUUUCGUCUUGCGAAGCAACCCUAUUAGCGGAUUAGCGGAUUAGCGCUAUUAGCGGUUUAGCGGCUAUUAAAGGCUUAGCGGCUUAGCGGAUUAGCUGCUAAAAGGCUAUUAAAGGCUUAGCGGCUUAGAAAAAGGGGGGGGGAGCGAAAAAAAAAUCUCAAGACUCGCAAGACAUUUUCGUCUUGCGAAGCAAGCCCAUAGGGAAAUUCGUCCUGCGAAGCGCAUUGAAAACGGAAAACCCUUUCGUCUAGCGGGUUUUCCGUCUUGCGAGGCAUUCGUCUUGCGGGGCACCACUGUAUAUGUGAUUAUUGUAAUGCAUACACUAGUGGCCAAAACUGUGGAAACCUUUUGGGAAAAGUGUAUUUCCGAGGUUUGAUAGGUCAUAACACCACUUUUUUUUUGGAGAAAUACCAUAACCAUUGAUAUAUAAUUUUAUGGUAUUACUCCAAAAAAAAAGGUGGUGUUAUGAGCCAUCAUUGCCAAAAACAAGAUGACACCUGAUUGGCUUUCUAUAAACACUCCCUUUUCUGGUUAUUUGGCUAUAACUUUUGAUAGAAUACAGAUAAUUGGACAAACUUUGUUGCAUUACAUUCUUCAUUAAACUAUCUCUCCAUUGAGAUAUAUUUUUAUGGCAUUAGUCCAAAAAAUAAAUAAAUGGUGUUAUGAGCCAUCAAACCUCGGAAAUACACUUUUCCCCAAAAAGUUUCCACAGUUUUGGCCACUAAUGUAUGUAGAUAUUAAUAGCCUACUAUAUUUUGUAUAGACUUGUUCCAAAUGUCAUUUAUCCAAAAUGUAUUUAUCCAAGUAAAGUCUCCAUCUGUAAGCAGUCUGUUCAGAAAAUUGCGAGUGUUGUCGAAUUGUCAAUCCGUUGAUUAAUAUCAUAUCUUUAUUCUUCCAGUUCGUCAAUUGGCCACCAUUAGGGCACGUAGAAUCCAUUUUCAUUGUUCCAUUAACUUCCAUACAAUAGGUAUAUCAUUAAAAAGAAUAUUCUCUGCUGGAAGUUUAACUUCCUCUGUAGAAUCAUACAGCUCAGAAAUUUCUCCCAACACUUAGUAAGUAUAGAACAUUGUACAAGCAUUUGUUUCAAAGGGGCACUUUCCUUGCCCCUUCUCCAGCAGAAAGCUACCUUAGAUAGUCCUUUUUUUAUACAAACGUAAAGGAGUCCAGUAAAUUCCGAAUAUGGGGUUUUUUUUGGUAGUAUAAGCAGUGCUUUUUUCUUGAAAAAAAGGUGGAGGAACUUACCACGAAGCGGUUCAUGCCCAAGCGCAGUGCCAACGCUCCUGGGCUAAAUGCAAGAUGUGAUUAAGAAACUCAAGCAGACGGUGAUCUGGUUUAGAAAUGGCCACAACUUUAUUGGGUUACAGAUAUAGAUGGAUUUUUCGCUCAAGCAUUGGGUUUAUAUUGGGGGGGGGGAUCAAUUAUUUAAUUUAAAAAAUAGGUAGGGGAACUCAGUUCCUGUGAGUUUCUGUUCAAAAAAGCCCUAAUAAUAAUAAUAAAUAAUAAUAAUAAUAAUAAUAAUUUAUACCCCGCCCUCCCCGGUCAAAACCGGGCUCAGAGUGGCUAACAUCAAAUCAGGCAAUCAAUUAAAAUACAUCCUAAUUUUUUUAGUUUAAGGUCCAUUGAUACCUUUGAUAUUGAGGCUAAAACACUUCCCCACUGUCUAGGAAAUAUUGCAAGUUCUGAUUCUUAGUUCUCAUGGGUAACCAGGAGAGUGAAAGAGGCUCUUUGCAGGUCAUGCUUGCACCAGAUGUUGGGGGCAAACCUGGGGCAAAGGUAAAGGGACCACUGAGCAUUAGGUCCUUUCAAGCUGCUAGGUUGGCAGGAGCAGGGACCGAGCAAUGGCAGCUCACCCCAUCGUGGGGAUUCGAACCGCCAACCUUCUGAUCAGCAAGUCCUAGUUUCUGUGGUUUAACCCACAGCGCCACCCGCGUCCCUUGGGUAGCCACCCCCAUUUUGCAUGGUCACCUGUAAAGCUAGAGACCUUAGAGCAGGCAUGGCCAGACUUGGCCCUCCAGCUGUUUUGGGACUACAACUCCCAUCAUCCCUAGCUAACAGGACCAGUGUUCAGGGAUGAUGGGAAUUGUAGUCCCCAAACAGCUGGAGGGCCAAGUUUGGCCAUGCCUGCCUUAGAGGAUCUUGCCUGUUGAUAAUUGGAGAAGCAGGAUUCUGCAGGGCCCCUUAAAUCAGUUUUAGGGCCUACUUGUUCACGACUGGCUGGGCCCUUUCCAAAACAGCGCAGAGAACCCAUCUCUUACAGUACGCUAUCCAUUUGUUUCACAUAAAUACAGACCCCAAACCCCACACGGUUACUUAAAAUAAGCUGUCACACCAGGAAACCCGAAAGAAUGCUUUGAUACCGAAGGCACUUUCAUAAGUUGAAAGAAUCAGCUUCUUCCAAACAUCCGUGGGAGUUUUGGAAAGCGCAUCUUUGUUGAUAAGAAUGGAUUCCUUUCGAUGUUGGGAUGGGGAACCCACUUUCCCCCAAGAAGUUGCUGAACUACAAACCCCACCAUCCUACAAACCAUGCUGACUGGGAGCUGAUAUAAGUUGGAAACCCACAACAUCUGGAGGAGCCACAGAUUCCCCAUCCCUGUUUUAGUGUGCGUCAGGGUGGAUUCGAUUUAAAUCAAAUCGAUUUAAAUCACUCGUCAGUAAGACUUGAUUUAAAUCAUUGUUUUUACAGAAAGACUCAUUCUUGCUGGCAUAAUCUUAAUAUUUACAACCAGAGGAAGGUUUCAUUUUUGGAAUAAUAAUGUUCUGAGUAGUUUUUACAGCUAUAUAAAAAAUGACUGAUUUGGUUAUACUAUUAGAAAUACAUAGACAGGUAAUUAUGAAACGAUUGUGAGGUUUAAUAAGUUAUGUUUAUAUCUGGACAACUUUUCUGCUGUACUUUACUAGAAGGAGGAAAAUAAUCAGUAGUAACAAUUUGAACAAUUUAUUUAACUAAAGAAAUAACAUUACAGUGGUGCCUCGCAAGACGAAAUUAAUUCGUUCCGCGAGUCUUUUCGUCUUGCGAUGUUUUUUGUCUUGCGAAGCACGGUCCGUCGCAACUGCGCCUCUUCAAGCGGCUUUAAGAAAAAAGCGAACAAACUCCGAAGACGUUUUCGUCUUGCGAAGCAAGCCCAUAGGGAAAUUCAUCUAGCGAAGCAACGCAAAAACCGAAAAACCCUUUCGUCUAGCGAGUUUUUCGUUUUGCGAGGCAUUCGUCUUGCGGGGCACCACUGUAUAGCAUAUGUAUCCAUGUUUGUUAACUGAUGCGGUUAACCGUGUUUUGUUGUGUGUUUUUUUUUUAAAAAAAACAAAACUUAAGACUGAGUUUUAGCACACAUGAAAAACUUAAAACAAAUCCUUAUUUCCUGUUGAAUAGCCUUCAGACUAUAAUGUAACUUAGAUACAAAACGGUCUUUAGAAAGAUUUUUCCUCCAAAAGCAUUUUAUUUUAAAAAUCAGAUUUAAAUCAAAACAAUCCGAUUUAUUUUUUUUAAAAAUCCGUUUUAAUUUUUUUAUAUAUAUAAAAAAAUCAUUGAUUUUUAUCUACCCUGGUGUGUAUUCAUGUGCUUACACGUGUGUUUUUUUUGAGGGGGGUGGAGGUAAGGUUGUGUGCCUUGAGGCAUUAUGUUGUGAAGUGAAAUCCCGAGGUGAUUCCUUGAGGACUGUUGAAAGUGACCCGGAAAGUUAAAUGGGUGAAAAAGAAAAGCAGUCAACUUAGAAGAAGUGCUUUGCAUAUCUUAGGGAAAGAGGUGAAUCAGAUACACCUCACCGCUGACACAUGGUGCUUCAUUCUCCCUACUCAUGAGUUGAGUUCACACGGGCACUUCAUUGCACAGCGGCUGCUCAGACACGUUCAGAACUUGAAAUUCUGCCUCUUCUAGUGACUCUACGUUAACCACACAACAUGAGAGGUCCGGUCUUUCACGCUGUUCUAGCAACAGCUGCAGAGAGCAUAUUUAAGGGUGGUGAGAUUUCAUGCGCUGCUUUCCAAGCGUUUGUCUUCCCAGAGGGUCGGUAAUGUUGACCCAGGAAGGACCUGUAUCUGCAGAAUGACAUGGACUUGACUCACAAAGAACGACAGGUUGUGGCUUUGGAGAGAUGCUCAAACUUAAGUUACUAGAAACUGCCAUGUUUCUUGUAACGUUCACAUGUCUGCAUCUGUCCAACAGAUCUACUUGAGCUCUGACAUGUUUAAUGUUACUUGCUUUCAAAAGCAUGAUCGGCUUCAAGGUGGAGUCGGGAUUUGAACCACAGUAUGACUGCUACCCUGCACAACUUAAAUGAAACUAAAUGACAACAACAAUUAUUUUAUUAUUUACCAUAUUUUUUGCUCUAUAGGACGCACCCGACCAUAGGACGCACCUAGUUUUAGAGGGGGAGAACAAGAGAGAAAAAAAUUCUCCCCCUCUCUACUCAGCACCCCUUCAGCGAAGCGGCAGGAGAAACGGAGCCCCUUCCAUUUCUCCUCCCGCUUCGCUGAAGGGGUGCUGCGCAGAGAGGGAAAGCUGUGCAGCGCCUCUCCAGCGAAGUGAAGCCAGGAGAGCGAGAGGGAUUGGUGCGCACCGAUCCCUCUCGCUCUCCUGGCUUCAGCGAAGCAACCCGAAGCCUCCAGAGCGCGGAGGGAGCGCUCCCUCUGUGCUUCGGAGGCUUCGCAUUGCUAUCGCUGAAGCCAAGGAGCCUGCAUUCGCUCCAUAAGACACACACAUUUCCCCUUAAUUUUUGGAGGGGAAAAAGUGUGUCUUAUAGAUUUAAAAAUACGGUAUACUCUGUCCAUCUGACUGGGUUGCCCCCAGCCACUCUGGGCAGCAUCCAACAGAUAUAAAAAAUAAUAAAACAUCAAACGUUAAAAACUUCCUGAUGGCCUUCAGAUGGCUUCUAAAAGUUGUAUGGUUGUUUUUUUCCUUGACAUCUGAAGAGAGGGUGUUCCACAAGGAGGGUGCCACUACUGAGAAGGCCCUCUGCCUGGUUCCCUGUAACCUCACUUCUCACAGUGAGGGAACCACCAGAAGACCCUUGUAGGAGGACCUCAGUGUCUGGGUUGAACGAUGGGGGUGGAGACGCUCCUUCAGGUAUACUGGGCCAAGCCAUUUAAAGAUCAGUAGCAACACUUUGAAUUGUGCUCGGAAACGUACUGGAAACCAAUGUAGGUCUUUCAGGACCGGUGUUAUGUGGUCUCGGUGGCCACUCCCAGUCACCAGUCUAGUUGCUGCAUUCUGGAUUAGUUGUAGUUUCCGGGUCACCUUCAAAUGUAGCCCCACGCAGAGCACACUGCAAUAGUCCAAGCAGGAGAUAACCAGAGCAUGCACCACUCUGGCAAGACAGUGUGUAGGCAGGUAGGGUCUCAGCCUGCGUACCAGAUGGAGCUGAUAAGACAGCUGCCCUGGACACAGAAUUGACCGCUGUGGACAUCUAGUGAGUUCAAAAUGACUCCCAGGCUGCACAGCUGGUCCUUCAGGGGCACAGCUUGAAAGUGUAGAGCUGCCCAGAGUGGCUUUUAAACGAAAGCUUUAAAGCUAAACACAUUUAAAAACAACAAGCAAAAACAAAAAACCCUGUAGCUGUUUUAUAAGACUCUGUAUCAGCUGAAUAUUUUAUCAUGAAACCAGUCUUGGCGUGAUAAUCGGCUUGAAAACAAGACGACUGGAAGCUAUGUCUAAAUUGCAGCUAUUUUGUUAGUGAUUUCUGUGCAGUUUGACCUCAUCAAGGCAUGGCAUUUGGCCGCUCCUCUGAAUUGCUAAUAAUGAUGCAUUGUUUUGAGCUCUGAGCUUCAUUAGGCCGCCUCCGUCAUCGCUGGUCGCAACUCUAGGCAACUUAAGAAGAUUAGCAUCAAUCCCGUCUGGGUAGCAUCUCUUAAUGUCUCAGCAUUUCGACAGGGUUAUAUGAGCUUUUUAAAGGAACUCGUAAAACGGGAGUGGGUGGUGUGAAGCCCCCCAAGCAGCCUUGCGUUGGCAACAAAUGUUAGAUUUGGGAAUCUUGGACAGGGAACCUGGCCCCUGCAGUGACGGCUUGGAGCUCGAAUGCUUUGCCAUCCUGAUAACAGUAGUUCUCCCCCCCCCCCCCCAGAUCAGGGAUCCCUUGAAACGAGGAGAGUUCAGGGGUCACCCAAGCACAUGUGACGUUUUGAGAUUUUUGAGACAGGUGCCUGCCACAAAAUGGCUGCCUCGGGGCACGAGGCAUAACCCAAACUGUCUACCACAUCUGAAAAAGGAGACAGUGCUAUCGGACUACAGUGGUACCUCAGGUUAAGUACUUAAUUCGUUCCAGAGGUCCGUUCUUAACCUGAAACUGUUCUUAACCUGAAGCACCACUUUAGCUAAUGGGGCCUCCCGCUGCUGCCGCGCCGCCGGAGCCCGAUUUCUGUUCUUAUCCUGAAGCAAAGUUCUUAACCUGAAGCACCAUUUCUGCGUUAGUGGAGUGUGUAACCUGAAGCGUAUGUAACCCAAGGUACCAUUGUAUGUGGACACCCCCUUCACCCAAAUCAAUGGAUGCCGCUGCCAUGUUUGCUUGCAGUGAGAAGCUCUUUGUUCAGAAAGGGAGGGAAGGGUGUCCAAUCCUGGCAUCCAGUGAAAUGCGAGCAGGUUUAAUGUGGGACAGGAUAAGGGCAGAUCUACAUUUCCAUUUGCCCCACUGCUUUCCCCCGGGGAAACCUCUAGUUUGGUGCCAAAUCGGAGCAAAUGGCAAUUGGGUUCUCUGCAGAUGUUUGCUUGUUCCAAUAUUUAUCCUAAGAGCCGUCUUUUUCCAGGGAAAAGGGGCAGGGCAAAGGCAAGCCCGCUUGGACCCAUACCUAAAAAGUGUGGGGCAAGUGGGAAACCACUCGAACCCAUGCUUUCUCGGCACGCAACAAGUGGAUGAGCCCUAAGCUGAUGCAAACAGGAGCUGAGCAGGAGGUAGAAACAGUAUUGCGUGCAUUUUUGCGGGUUUUUGACUGGGCGGCCCUGCAGGUGUUGCUCCCAGCAGCUCCAGGCAGGUUUGCCAAUGAUGAGAGAUGAUAGGAAUUCGUGUUCCCCUGCCAUGCUGCAUCCUGUUGCUGGGCAGUGAUUUGGAUCUGAGAUCUCCAAGGCUGUGUUUUGUAAACAAAGAGAGCUGGACCUGUUGCAAGCACAUGAGUCAAAACUGCGGUUAAAAUCUGACCCUUGGAACCUGUGGUUUUUGUCUGCCUUCCUGCUAAACGCCAAUAUUGCUGCUGACACAACAUUUAUCUGUGGUUAAAGCGAGAGGGAUGGUGCUGAAAUUUGCUUUGGGAAGUUGGAAAAUGGAACAGAUGACCUAGUAGUCCAUUUGCAAACCCUGAACUAAUAAAAGCCACUUUUUAGAACCAGUGGUACCUCGGUUUUUGAACGCCUCUGUAGUCAAAUAUUUCAGAACUCGUACGCCGAAAACCCAGAAUUAAGUGCCUCAGUUUUCGAACGCGCUUCGGAAGUCGAACAAGAAACACGGCUUCCGUUUUGAGUUUUGUGUAUUCAGGCUUGCGUUUUGAGGCUUUCAGUUUUCGAAUGUUUCAGAACUUGAAUGGACUUCCGGAGCUGAUUAUGUUCAAAAACAAAGGUACCACUGUAUAGUGGAAUAUUGUACAAGUUUAGCACCCAUUUCCAUAUUGUUUGCAAGCAAAUUUCCCCACCGGAAGCAAGUACCACAGAAAUGAGCCCUGAGCUUCCACUAUUGCGUCACGUGAAAGCUUAGAUAUAUGCACUUAACAAUUAAGGGAAAUUCAUGGAAACAGAAUGAACUACCAUGUCAGGGCAGCCAAAGCAGAAAGAUGGGAAUUUGGGGUGGGGGGUGGGGGGAGAUCCAUGCAGAUAAACUCUACAUAGAAAUUUUCAGAAAGUCUCAUAACCCACUGCAUAUAGAAAACUAGAUAUUAGACAGAAAGGCUCUCACAUUGGCCUCCCCUAUUGUUUUCUGUGUAUUGUGAAGCCUGUUUUCCCAAGAGGGAAUGUUCAGACAUGCAACUCCUCCCUGUCUGAUGCGGUCUAAAAACAGCUUGAUCACCUUCCCAAAUGUUUGUUUUAGAUCAUGCCAGAGGUAUAAAGGGAAAUGUCUGCCAUGAGUUGGUACCCAGCUUUUUUCCUUUUUGCAAGUUACUACUUGUCUUAAAGUCUGUUAGAGUGUGUGUGUGUGUGGUGUUUGGGGUGGGGGAGAGAUUAUGAUGUUUUAAUUGCUUUCUCUACAUCUAAGAGAAAGGCACCCGUGUUAAAAAAUCUGACAACCAACAAUCGGUUAUUUGAAUGAACCCUAUAUUUACUAGUAAUUUUGGCAAUGGCAUUGCUUAGAUACUGAUCUGGCUUCUCGCUUUGAAGCAGCAGCUGUUACUGCCAUACGCACGUGAGCUGGAAACAUUAAAACAAGUGAUGGUGCAUUUGUGAAAAACCAGGAUGGGUAGGAAGUGGGUGGGAAUCUUCUUUUAGAAUGUGGAAAUGAAGGGUUUCCUUGUUAUCUUUUCUGUCAUCUGCCGGACUGGAUGCCAGCUUCCCCUGUGAUUAUGAGAACUCAGCAGUUAAUACACACGUUGUCAACCUCCUUCCAUUCAUUUUCUAUAGGCAGAUCCUGCGUGUGUAUGUGUGUUGAAGAAGGAAAAGAAGAUUCUUUUUAAGUUUCCAAGCAAAAAGUGACCAGUGUGAUAAUAACCUUGAGGAUUUGAGCAAGGGCUUAUCAAAAAGUUGACAUUUAGAAAGUUAAGAUACACUGAUGAGGGAGGAUCUUGUAGUCCCUUUUUUCCCUGUUCAUUCUUUACUUCCUUUGUUUAUUUCUUGCAUAUUAGUUUGCUUCUUUUACUGUAUUGUGAAAAGAAGAAGCAAUUUAGAACAGGGUGCCUAAUUGCUUGGUUGUAUUGUUUUCUGAUCGCUUGGCAGUUUCUUGGGCUGUCUCACUAGCAGCGCAAACCUAUUCACAUUUACUCGAAAGUAAAUUCCGUGUCCUUCAAUGCAGCUUACUCACAGCUGAGCGUGUUUUCGGAUUGCAGCCGAAGAGUGUUGGUUUAUUGAUGAGAACAUUAGAUAUUGGAAUAAAUAUUUAUGGGAUGGGAGGCAGGGAGGCAGCAGAGGUAAGAGCACAAAUUACAUUGGCAGUCAGUUGAUAAAGAUGAACAAAUGUUCCUUGAAGCUGAGUCGGUUUAUGAAUUUGGUUCUCUAUGCUGAAACACAGCUAUUUUGUGUGUUUGAGGUGUCUUUAGGUUAUUUUCCCGUGUCUGUACUCUGUACAUUCUUGGUUCUGUUUCUUCCCUUAGAGACCAUUGCUUCUUCUCAUACUGACUGUGAACACAAUUAGAUGGUUAUUGUUUUAACGUUGGUUUUAACAAUUCAGCCCUGACCAUGGGUCCUGCUGGCUAGGGCUGAUGGGAGUUGCAGUCCAAAAACAGCUGGAGACCUCUAAGUUUGGGAAACCCUGGUCUACUCCGGUCCCCUGCGAUGCAGGAAUCUCAGCUAAAGCAUUCAUGACAGAUGGCCAUCCAAUCUCUGCUUAAAAACUUCUCAGGAAGGAGAGUCCACAACCUCCCGAGAGAGACCGUUCCACUGUCAAACAGCCCUUACUGUCAGAAAGUUCUUCCGUAAGUUUAGUCAGAAUCUCCUUUCUUGUAACUUGAAGCCAUGGGUUCGAGUUCUGCCCUCCGGAGCGGGAGAAAACAAGCUUGCUCCCUUUUCCGUGUGACAGAUAUUUGAAGAUGCCUAUCAUAUCUCAGCUCACUCUCCUCUUUUCCAGGCUAAACAUGCCCAGCUCCUUCAACCAUUCCGCAUAAGGCAUAGUUUAUCUCAGGCAUCCCCAAACUCGGCCCGCCAGCUGUUUUGGGACUACAAUUCCCAUCCUCCCUGAUCACUGGUACUGUUAGCUAGGGAUCAUGGGAGUUGUAGUCCCAAAACAGCUGGAGGGCCGAGUUUGGGGGUGCCUGGCUUAUCUGUUUGCUUGUUUUUAAAAAAACCACGAUGUUUUAUAGUGUGAUGCAUUUUGCGAUAGGUCAGUAUAGAAAUACUUUUAUUAAUACAUAAAGAAAUAGAGAGGGGUAAUCAUCUUCAGCCAAUUUUGUGAAGCAGAAAUAAAUCUUCCAAGCUCUCUCAAGAGGAAAUAUAAAGCGCAGAACUUCAGUUCAACUAGCUGAAAUGAGCUAGUUGAAAUCCAAGCGCUUAAUUAAUUACCUCUUUGGGCACAUAAUGUCAUACUUGCAUUCCUUCUGCUGAAGCUGGAGGGCAGGGUUUUUCCAGCAUGCCCAAGAAUCAUCUGUUCACUUCUAAUUGUCUUCCAACUCUAGCAAGAUUACAAUUAGCCCUUUUCCCAAGGAUGUCGUUGUCAGGAGUGCAUGCAGGAGGCAGGCCCUGUGACCAAUAGGACUUUGCAGGACUGGGGCCUUCCUAAGUUUGUUCUGAAGAGGCAAUGCGCAGCUGCACAGGUGAGGCCGCUUGGUAACUCACAGUACCUGGCGGCAAGAGCCGGGAAGGGAUAUAAGGUCAGCAUUUCCCUUCGGCUCUUUGCAACAGCAACACGUUCCCUGCCUUGCUGCGUUUGGUUUCUUGCUUCUUGAUCCUCAGACACCUGACUUCGUGACUCCUUGCUUCUUGAUCCUCGGACCCCUGACUUCGUGCCUCCUUGCUUCCUGAUCCUCAGACCCUUGGCUCCUUGACUCCUGGCUUCUGCACUCCCAUUCCUGCUCCCACCCUGCCAUCUUGCCCCCCGGUCCCGACGUCCCCAGCUGGGACUUCGAUCGCUCGUGAACCAGACCGUGACAGUCAUUUAAAGUUGGUGUCAAGGAUCACCUUGACUAUAAGAAGAGAGAACACAGUACGGAGUGCUCACGCUCCGAAUAACAUUCGCCCACAGAUACAUGCUGUUCUAGGCAAUUAUAGUUUUAUGUGAAUAUUUAUUUGCAAUCCUGGCAAUGAUUUAAUUCCUCCCAGGUAAUUCUUGCCGAGAUUGCAGGGGUUGGACUAUGUGACCCUGGCGAUUCCUUCCAACGCUAUGAUUCAGAACACUUCCUGCGUUGUAUUCAGUAAGCUGUUUAAGAGAACUUCAGAUCCUGGCAGCAGAUGCUACUGGCAUUGCUCACCUUUUCGUGGGCAGAGAGUUGACUUCCACCUAUCUACAUAUUGGUUCAGUCAUUAAUUACUACCUGUUGUUUUAUCCAAAGAGACUACAAACGUUUUUGUACUGUACUGCGGUUCCUCCUCAGGGCAGUGGAGUUCACAAUUUAUAAAGACAACGUUUAGCUUUACUUUCUGAAUCGUGUGAUGGCUUAGCGCGCUCUACUCUUGGGUAGGGUUGCCAUAUUUCAAAGAGUGAACGUCCGGACGCAAAAAUUGUUGGGCAUUUUAGGGCAAAGUUGUUGAGCUUUUUUUAUUAUUAUUGCAAAAUCUGAAAAAAAAGAAAGGAAGAAGAAGUAGUAGUUUUUGAGCUAUUUUAAAGUAAAUCCCCCAAAAUCCACACUUCUGACAUGUUUUGCCAUUUUCCCGGACAUUUAAUUCCAGAUGUAUGACAACUCUGCCCUUGGGUUUAGGUCUCACUCUCUCUACCAUUAAUUGUUCACUGGGUGGAGUCGGAAGUCCUUGACAAGACUUUCUUGCACAGUUUUCAUAUCUAAUGAUCACCUAUUAUUAUUAUUAUUAUUAUUAUUAUUAUUAUUAUCUUCCAUACAUUGCUUUAACUUACCUUAAGCUCCUUCCACUACAGGGAAGUGACCCUAUCUCAGUGGUGGAGCAUAUAUUUUUAUUUCUGGUUAAAAGUAUUGGGUAGCCAUAACUGGACAAAUAAUAUGCAUGACUUAGUCUGUGGAAGUUCUCUUAUGUUCAAAUCAUAGAAUUGUAUAGUUGGAAGGGACCAUGAGGGGCAUCUAGUCCAACCCCCGCAAUGCAGGCGCACUCCUCCCAAGACAGACGGAUGCCAACAGAUGCUUUGCCCAACGUGGGGCUGGAACUCUCGACCCUGAGAUUAAGAGUCUCACGCUUUACGGAUUGAGUUGACUGCUCCUUCGAUAGGAAAAAAGCAUCUAUUUGCAUAAUGCAACAGCAGUAUUCGUUAGCUAAAGUGAUAUUUGCAAUUUGUUCCUUCUACAAAUGGGCUAGGGGAUGUGGGUGGUGCUGUGGGUUAAACAACAGAGCCUAGGACUUGCCAAUCAGAAGGAUGGCGGUUCGAAUCCCCGCAACGAGGUGAGCUCCCGUUGCAUUUGUUUCAGCCGUUUUGUCGAGGAAGGCCAGGGCGUUGGAUCCUCUCCAGGUUUAGCUACCGUUUUCUUAUCCUUUCGAUAGAGUCUGAUUACAGUGAUGUCUUUUUUUAGUAUCAAUGCUGUUUUGCAAGCGUGGCAAUGCUGAAGGUUGACCUAUAGCCAGUCGAAGUUUUAUGGCGCGUUACCAUAAUAAGGGCCAAGAAGAAUUGGCAAAGAAAGGGGGAGGAGCGGGGAGCAAUUAAAUAAAUUGCAAUGCGGACAGACCACUGGGAGAUCAAUGCAUAGUAAUCACAUAUUUCACCUGGGCUCGACGAAGUUGAUAGGAAAUCAUUGUAGCUGUUGGCGACCGUCUUGUGAUUCCAAUUAUUCUUACACGGUAGACAUCAGGGGUAGAAAAUUUCUGCAGGGAAGCAAGUCUAAAAGGAAGUCAGCAUAAUUGUGGCCCAAAACAUUUGGAACAGUGGUAUGUUUUGGUGUGAUAGACUAUAAGGUGGCAUUCAAAGACUAUCAUCCCCCAAAUCCAUCUGUUGAAUUCUACCAACAGGCUGUAGCAGAUGUGUUUGCUUGUUUAACACCUAGCUGGCAAAGUGCUACUUCCCCUCCCCUAAUCUCAAGGAUAAACACCGAGCUGCAAAAUGGUUUUAAGGCUACUAAAGGUAAAGGACCCCUGACAGUUAAGUCCAGUUGCAAACGACUCUGGGGUUGCGGCGCUCAUCUCGCUUUACUGGCCAAGGGAGCUGACGUUUGUCCGCAGACAGUUUUUCCGGGUCAUGUGGCCAGCAGGACUAAGCUGCUUCUUGCGAAACCAGAGCAGCUCACGGAAACGUCGUUUACCUUCCCGCCACAGUGGUACCUAUUUAUCUACUUGCACUUUGACGUGCUUUCGAAUUGCUAGGUUGGCAGGAGCUGGGACUGAGCAACAGGAGCUCACCUUGUCGCAGGGAUUCGAACCACCGACCUUCUGAUCGGCAAGCCCAAGAGGCUCAGUGGUUUAGACCACAGCGCCACCCGCAUCUUAAGGAUACUAGAGGUACCUAUAAAAUGACCCAUUUGGCUUCUGUGGAUUGAGAUCAGUGACUCACAGAUGCAGAUCAGAGCUCAGAUUCUGAAUACACAGGCCUUGUUUUAAAAAUGGUAGCCUUUUCCUUCCCCUCCCCCCUUUUAUUUUUUUUAAAAAAUAAUGAUUAAACGUUAAUCUUGUCUUCUCUGACACACACGAAGUCAGACCACACAUUUCUGCUGAAAAAUAGUUCAGAUAUGCAGUAGCACACGCAGUGAUGGCACUGAAUUUUUCCAAAAAACCAGAGAACUUCUCGUAUCUCUAGCCUUGUUUGAGUUACACCGAUUGCCAAGGCCAUUUUAAAAUAUUUAUUUGACCAGGCAGGCAAUGGGGAUGAUGAGGUUAGACGCUCUCCCAGUAUGGCCCACGGGAGGAGAUUUGACAGCUAAAUUGAGGACAGCUAGAGAAUUCUUUGUGACACUCACUCGAGGGAUUUAUAGCUCACUGAAAUAAUGAACUCGUGGGAUACAAAAAAUAAGGAAAUCCCUUUCCAGGGCAAGUUCCAAAUUUGGCGAUUGUGACUUUUGUGUUAGUGCGGCAUUUGGCCAAAGUCCUUGCCUCAUUUUUUUUAAAAAAAAAAUAUAUCUGUGAAUGUCAAUUUUUGGGUUCUAGAUUCAGGUAGGUAGCUGUGUUGGUCUGACGCAGUCGAAAUAAGUAAAACAAUUUUAAAAAUUGUUCAGUAGCAUCAUAGAGACUAACUAAGUUUGCUCUGGGUAUAAGCUUUUCGUGUGCAUGCACACUUCUUCAGAACUUCUGGGUUGUGAGUGUGAGGGGUAUUUCUUACAGGCUUUUUAAGUAAGGGUUUUUACUGAUUUAAAGUCCAAGGACAGUCAAGUCCAAAGAUUGUCAAGUCCAGCGAUUACAACAUACAGUUUCUGUUGGCAAUGCCAUUUCAUACUGAUAUCUUCCUUCUGCAUCGUCCUGUCUUAAAAGUGUAACAAACGAACUUGCCUUCGCAUUUGUUUGUUACACUUUUCGUUUGAUUAUCCUUGGACUUUACGACAAUAAAAACAUAUAGAAGGCUAAUAGUAAUAUGAUAUGUUAUUGCCCCCACAAACUGCUUUGUAAUUUUUUGAUAUGACGAUUACCGUUUUAUUAUAUAUAAUGUUAUGUUACUUCACAGCCAGUUACGUGUGUGUUGUGGUAUUCUGAACAUGAUUUGCGUAAUGAGGCAAUUGUGGUGUGUGUCAAAACAGUAAAUGUGCAGAGAGCCCAGCUUGGGACAGAGUUAAUUUGCAAAAAUGGGCUGCUUGCUGGAGCAAUGUCUUGGCAGCUCAGCCUCAAGGCAUCUGUGAAGGAGACAGGUCAGUGAGAUUGGCAGAGUGCCACCAAUGUUUCAUGGUUCAGAAAUGGGCGGGGCUUCAGCGCUAAUCCAAAACUUCCCAUGAGGAAGGAAAUGAAAUUGGUAGAAACUAGGAACAUCAUUAUUCCUCACCUCUGGGGGGCAAAAGGCUUUCUUUCAAACAUUCCCCCAGGUGUGAAUGAGAGGACAUCAUUGGUUGGUGAUAGUACAUCUUUAUGGUUUAGGGAGCUUAUGUAUGUUUUGUGCAAUUAAUGAAAGUCUAGACAGGAUCCAAGCGAAGCUAUUGUGAGGCUUUGAAAAGGUGUCUAGGUUUCUUCAUCAGAAUAAAAACACUGUCUGGUUAUUGGUAUUUUUUGUAUUCAGACUGUAUUCCUUCCAGCUAGGAAACAGAAAGAUUUUCAACCAUUUACAGCGCAUGAUAUGAAUAACCCCAUAAAUAUGUAGAUAUUCAUAAUGUGCUGUUCUGUUGCUUCAAUGCAAUCCCGCUUUUAUGAGUUACUGUGUUUGCUGUAAUGCCUACAUAUUUGCUGCAUCCCAAUUAUUUGUUGCAUUUUAAAAAAUAGGUUUUGCAAAAAGAAACCUGUGUGGCCAGGAACCAGGAAGGAAAAAAGCAGCGUUGUUUUCCAUGGGACUUCCUUAGGAACUGAAUUGCACAGUAAAUGUGCUCAGAAUCACAAUCUUGGUUGGUUUGCUGUUUAGGCUGAGGGACCCAUUUAUGUUUUCCUGAGAAUGCAAAGUCGCCUAAAGGAAAUGGGCGUCAGGUUGGUCUCUUUACUGUCAGGAAGCAAUAACGACUCUUUGGCAGAUAAAAAUGCAAACAUUUUUGAAAGCAGAGGCUUUAAAGGCCUUUGGGUGGAAUUAUCCAGCAGUAAAAGACUGUUGCAAUUAGAUUUGGAAAUGACAGAGUAGGGUUUUUUCUCCCCCCCCCCCUCCAGCACAUGCUUUCCUUCCAUGUUUUGGUUCCACUGGGCUUCAUUUCUACUAAUAAUUGUACAGGAAAGAGAUUGGUUGCCCAGGUCUUUCCUUUGCCUUUGCAGAAUAAAGUCUGCUGACAGCUAUCUCUGCAACAAAACAUUAAUUCAAGGGAAAACGUGUUAAUUGUGUGCAGAGAAUGUGCAUUUAUUGUACAGGAAACAGACCGUGUGGGAAGAUCCCAGGCAAUAUUAAGGCAUUGUUGCAUAAUCUGUAAACGUGUCCUGUGAUACUGGCCAAGUAACGAUGGCAUGCAAAAUAUAGGGUACAAUAUACAUAUAUCAGGUCCAUUAAUUUAAAUGGGCCUCCACUGGAUGCAUCCACUCAGGCUGAGGGUAUUUUCUUUGCAGGAAUACAUUUGAGCCAAUACAAUUUAGGGCUGUUUGUCCAUAUUUUCAAAGUGAGGGGUGAUUCCAAAAAAAGUACCCUUGGUCUGUCAGGUCAAACAGUAUUGGGCAGUACAACUCAUGGAGGAAAAAUUCCAGGAAUAGAAAAGCAGUUCCAAAGGUCCUUUUCAAUACAUGGCCUGCUUUGCAGCUGAGAAAAGCAAAUUUGAAAAUAUCCAAUAAAAUAAAAUCCAGUUAAGCCACUGAAAUGUAACAGUAUAACAUACAAACAAUUACUGAGACUUCAGAAACCGUAUGAGAAGUUCCCAGAAUCAGAGACAAGGCUUUCCUUUUUCUUAACAGAUUGUUUCCCCAUUCCUCACCUCUUGAAGAUGUUUCUUGCUUUGCUGGCCAAAAAUUCUCUGUACCUGGUAGGCUUUGGAGAGAGCAUGUGUUAAACAUAUCAGGGACAUAAAGGUGUACAGUACAUGGGACGCGGGUGGCGCUGUGGGUUAAACUACAGAGCCUAGGACUUGCCGAUCAGAAGGUUGGCGGUUCAAAUCCCAGCGACAGGGUGAGCUCCCAUUGCUUGGUCCCUGCUCCUGCCAACCUAGCAGUUCGAAAGCACGUCAAAGUGCAAGUAGAUAAAUAGGUACCACUCCGGCGGGAAGGUAAACGGCGUUUCCGUGCGCUGCUCUGGUUCUCCAGAAGCGGCUUAGUCAUGCUGGCCACAUGACCUGGAAGCUGUACACCGGCUCCCUCGGCCAAUAAAGUGAGAUGAGUGCCACAACCCCAGAGUCGGUCAGAACUGGACCUAAUGGUCAGGGGUCCCUUUACCUUUACCUUACCACUGUACAUCUAAUUCUUGAACUCCUUUCUCCCUUCCUCCCUCUCUAUUUCUGUGUUUUUAGGAGGAAGGGCAACGACGGUAUUGAUAUUUGUGUAGCUUAAUGUGCCUGCGCAUUGAGCUUUGUGUAGCCAGCUGUAUGUAAGGGAAGAACACAGUUACUCUAUAAAAAAAAGAAUUACAGGCCGGCAAUUGCUCUGACCUUUAGUUAUUCCAAAUUUUCAAAUUCUGGGGCAAUGUGUUUGGUGCAUUUUCUUUCUUUUAUUAUAAUGCAAAGUACAUGGCCUUGGCUGCCAAAUUCUGAUCUCUGCUUAAACUUGUUGGUGCAUAUGCAAACCCUGAUCCAUUAGUGCUUUGAAUGCCCAAGGAUAGGCAGCACCUAGAAAAGUGACUAUUUUAAAAUAGCACGGGUGGUUUAAAAAAUGUUUGUGGUUUUAGCUUGCGGCUUUUCAGGUGCUAUGGAGUAGCUAGAAAUAAUUUCAAAUGGCUUCUGCUUGGAUGAUUUUCUCUCCCCCCCUCCCCCCCUUUCUUGAUAAAGCAUGGUAAAAGAGGGAAGGGAAAUUGCAGAGAAGUUGGAACACCUUAGCUUCAGAAAAUGUAGGACAGACCUCUGUCAUGUCCUCAAAGAGGGAAUCGGAGGAACUGUGGGAAAUAGUGGGAAUGAGACCAAGUUCGAGGCAAUAGGGACAAUUUUAAAAACAAACAAAUCGCUGGGUUCCAAGAGUCCUUAAAUAACUCAAAUGUGAAAUUGCUGAUCUCCUAACCAAAAAAAUGCAUCGGAUCCCUUAGGUAAGUGUCUGUACCUGAGGACUUGUUGUUGUUGUUGUUUAGUCAUUUAGUCGUGUCCGACUCUUCGUGACCCUAUGGACCAGAACAUGCCAGGCACUCCUGUCUUCCACUGCCUCAUGCAGUUUGGUCAAACUCAUGCUGAUAGCUUCGAGAACACCGUCCAACCAUCUCGUUCUCUGUCGUCCCUUUCUCCUUGUGCCCUCCAUCCUUCCCAACAUCAGGUUCUUUUCCAGGGAGUCUUCUCUUCUCAUGAGGUGGCCAAAGUAUUGGAGCCUCAGCUUCAGGAUCUGUCCUUCCAGUGAGCACUCAGGGCUGAUUUCCUUAAGAAUGGAUAGGUCUGGUCUUUUUGCGGUCCAUGGGACUCUCAAGAGUCUCCUCCAGCACCAUAAUUCAAAAGCAUCAAUUCUUUGGCAAUCAGCCUUCUUUAUGGUCCAGCUCUCACUUCCAUACAUCACUACUAGGAAAACCAUAGCUUUAACUAUACGGACCUUUGUUGGCAAGGUGAUGUCUCUGCUUUUUAAGAUGCUGUCUAGGUUUGCCAUCGCCUUUCUCCCAAGGAGCAGGCGUCUUUUAAUUUCAUGGCUGCUGUCACCAUCUGCAGUGAUCAUGGAGCCCAGGAAAGUAAAAUCUCUCAUUGCCUCCAUUUCUUCCCCAUGCUUAGUACAUAACAAGAAGUGCAGCACUCAAAUUGGAAGCGUAACAUUCAAAACGGAGCAUAUCCGGCUUCCAGGUUUGCAAUGUUUGGGUUCCAAGUUGUUUGAGAACCAGGGUACCACUGUACUGAGAAACAAAUGAAGCAAGCCAUUUGUCCAUCUGCUGCUCUGCUUCAGAUGUCAAGCUUGGCCCCAAGGGAUAACAUAUAUCUGUGUUAACUGGGAUACUGUACGAAUCGCCUUGUGAAAAUCUGCUUUGAAAGGGGGGGCUUUUCAAGAGAGAGAGAUGUGGGCAGUGCAAAUGAAGGACUGCUCCACGAGUUGACAGCGGCUCUCUGUGCUUUAAGGCCAUUAGAGCUGCUUUUCACAGUCCUUUGCUGAGCUGGUGUUUAUCACAGCUGACGGCAUAUAAUUUCUCCAUUAGAGGUGAGGGUGCUCUGUGAUUUGGUAAAGAAAACUGAACGCACACAGUGAAUGAAAUGUCCUUCUCCAUAACGGAAAAACGUUGGAUGGAUCAGGAUAAUAAUCCGUACUGAAAAAUAAUAAUGUAACGAGUCCUCAGGGUGUCUUUAGAAGUAGAUCUUAAUUUAUGCUAACUUCAUAACAUCAGCUUUUCUUGGGUUGUUGUUUUUAUUUUGAUUAUAUAUUUUGUGGUUUUAUAUUUUGCUUUGGUUCUGUGAACCGCCCUGAGAUCUCUGGGUAUAGGGCAGUAUAUAAAUACUCAUGUAAAAACACACUGAUUCCUGAACCGUCGGCGGGCUGGAUUUAGAAGGCAAUUGGGCCAGAUCCGGGCCCUGGACCUUCGUUUGCCUACCCAUGCUCUAGAUUGUUGUCCAUCCUAGAAAAGGUCCGGACUUGUACAAACGCAUGCGCAACUCAGUACAGGAGUUAUUGUGGCAGCGUGAAUGGGAUUCAGCUUGCAUGAGCGCUCCAGCCGUAGGGCUGGAAGUUGAAUCAGAUCAGCUUCAGGUUCUUUCCAGGCCUGACACCACAUCUGCGAGGAUGAUAUUUUAGGAGCCUGAAGUGCGUGGCUGGAAAGCUCGCAAAUCUGUUGUGUAAUAACUUGGCAAUUUGUAAAGGGGGUGGGGGGGAAUAUAGCUGGAUCCCCCCGCCCCAGGAUUGUAAACUCCCGGUUAACCGAAUCUCUCUGUCAUUAUCCUUUGUUCAGAGACUGGAUCUUGGCUGAGUCAGUAGUGCUGCUUGAAUUACAGCCAGUUACUUCAUCCAGGAGUAAAUUCUUUUCUUCUAUUUCAGCAAGUAGCUGCUAGCUCAGAAGCAUCUUUUCUUCUCCUAAUAAUGACAGCAGCUCAGUGAUCUAAUUUAAUGUCUUUAUCCUUCUUUGUCUGCCCACUGUGCAUGCUUUUGUUAAAAUUGAUCUCCGCUGUUGGAGAUUAUCGUAUAAGUUUUCGUCUUCGUCUUCAGCCACUUUUAAGUCUUUUUUAAAUCAUGAUUGUUAUUUUGCAACGACGCACCAGGAAUUAUUAAGUGCAUGUGGGCUAUUUGCCAGUGUGGAUUUUUAACAAUGGGAAGAAUGGAGCCAUUAUGUUGUGAGAUCUGCGGGCACAGGGCAGUAUACAAAUUUAAAUAACAAUAAUAACAAUAAACAAAUAAGUGGGAAAAUGUAAAUUACCCAAAUAUAAAUUGUUUUGCUUUACUUAUUUACUUGUCUUUAUCUUGUAUUUUAUUCUGUGAACCACACUGAGAUCUUAUGAUGAAGGACACUAUACAAAUCUAAUAAAUAAAUAGACUGAAAUCAAAUCAAUAUAUGUAGGCUGUUCUGGAGAACUGGUUGUGCUUUGCGGCUUAUUUACUUCUGAAGGAGCACUGUCCUCUUUGUUAUAGAAGCAGUGUUCAAAAUUAGCCAGAUGCCAGGCGCAUUUUGCGACUGGCGCAGGUCCAGUUGCGACCGCGUGGAGAUCUCUGGGUGCCCAGUUGGCAAAGCAGGUUCUCCUUCAUGGAGAGCAUGGGUUGUGGUGGGGGCAACCAAGACAUCCCUCUUUUGCUGGGUGGGUUAGUAUAGAUGGCCACGAAUCUGAUUGGGUACCCCUCAGUCGUUGGGGAUAAUUUGGUGUUGCAAUUUUAUGAGUGACUGUUGAGGGGCUGUUUAUUCCCUGCGCGCAGCGUUGAGCUUCCUCUUUUCGCUGCAUGCAUCGGAUCACCCUCCCUAUACUUACAACAACCGCCAUCAUGACAGGGUGGGAGAUCUCAACCUCCUCUCCUUUUCCGUUCCCAGGCGUGCCGUUCCCAAAGAACUUCCUUCAGAUCUGCAAGAAGAUCUUGUGCCGGCUCUUCCGGGUCUUUGUCCACGUCUACAUCCACCACUUUGACCGCAUUAUCAUCAUGGGGGCUGAGGCCCACGUCAACACCUGUUACAAGCACUUUUAUUAUUUCGUGACGGAGCUCACCCUCAUAGACCGCAAGGAACUGGAACCUUUGGUAAGUGUUUAGUGUUUUAUUUAUUUAUUAGCCGCGGAGGGAAAUGCAAAGCCAGCAGGGGCAGCUGCUCCUUCCUUGGUCAAGGGUUUUGGUCAGACCAGUCUUCCACUCAACAUGGACCUUGAUUUCUCACUGGUGGCAGAAGUGAGAAUGAGUCUCUCUUCAGUUAUGCAGUUCCAUUUUUUUUUAAAAUGAUAUUUAUUAAAGUUUCAAAGAAAGGAUUACAUAAAUAAAAAGAGGGGGGGAAAGAAAAAGAAACAAAAAGGGGAAAAAUACAAAAUACAAAAAAAGAUAAAAAACACUUAAACAACACAUCAGUCUUUCCAUGCCUUACAUUUCAUUUCCUUACUUCCCUGUCCUCCUCACACCUCCCUUUUUUGUAUUCCAGUUCUGUUAGUUAAUUCAGCAAUUCCUUUCCCUCUUUGUUUUUGUCUUAAUCCUUUAACUUAAUAUAUUAUAACUUUGGAUUUUCACCUGUUAACAAUCCAUUUUUACAUACACCUUUAUAACAUUACUGCUAAAACCACUUAACUUCAUUCUGACAUCAUUCUAACAUUCAUUAAUUUUGCAGUAUUUCUGUAAAUAGUCUUUAAAUUUCUUCCAAUCUUCUUCCACCGACUCUUCUCCCUGGUCUCGGAUUCUGCCAGUCAUUUCCGCCAGUUCCAUAUAGUCCAUCACCUUCAUCUGCCAUUCUUCCAGAGUGGGUAAAUCUUGUGUCUUCCAAUACUUUGCAAUAAGUAUUCUUGCUGCUGUUGUGGCAUACAUAAAGAAAGUUCUGUCCUUCUUUGGCACCAAUUGGCCGACCAUGCCCAGGAGAAAGGCCUCUGGUUUCUUCAGGAAGGUAUAUUUAUAUACCUUUUUCAUUUCAUUAUAGAUCAUCUCCCAGAAAGCCUUAAUCCUUGGGCAUGUCCACCAAAGGUGAAAGAAUGUACCUUCAGUUUCUUUACAUUUCCAACAUUUAUUAUCGGGCAAAUGAUAGAUUUUUGCAAGCUUGACUGGUGUCAUGUACCACCUGUAUAUCAUUUUCAUAAUAUUCUCUCUUAAGGCAUUACAUGCCGUAAACUUCAUACCUGUGGUCCAUAACUGUUCCCAGUCAGCCAUCAUUAUGUUAUGUCCAACAUCUUGUGCCCAUUUAAUCAUAGCAGAUUUCACCAUUUCAUCCUGAGUAUUCCAUUUCAACAGCAAGUUAUACAUCUUUGACAAAAUCUUAGUUUUGGGUUCUAACAGUUCUGUUUCUAAUUUUGAUUUUUCCACCUGGAAGCCAAUUUUCUUGUCCAAAUUGUAUGCCUCCAUUAUCUGAUAAUAAUGAAGCCAAUCUCACACUUUGUUUUUUAGUUUCUCAAAACUCUGCAGUUUCAAUCUAUCUCCCUCUUGUUCCAGAAUUUCCCAAUAUUUCGGCCAUUUGGCCUCCAUAUUGAGCUUUUUCUGAGCUUUCGGUGACAGCCCAGUUAUGCAGUUCCAGGGCAGAAUGAAGAAACCAAAGAUCUGUUUUUGUUGGCUUUCCAGAUUAUGUUAUCCUGCAGAUCUCCUGGGCCAAUAGAGCCCUACCAGUUUUCUGUCAGUUUGGAAUCAUAGAAUUGUAGAGCUGGAAGGGACCCUGUGGAUCAUGCAGCUGCCCCAUACAAGGAUUGAACCUGCAACCUUGGCAUCAUCAGCACCACACUCUCACCAACUGAGCUAUCCAGUUUCCUUGGGUGUAUUUUGUUGUGAAGGGAAGUGAUGGCACUGACCCAUGCCUCAGAUGUAAUUUCAGUUCCCCCAGGACUUGUAAGUCUUUCCAGAAUUGGAUUGAUCAUUCUGGGAGUAUCAAGAUCGAUUUUACAUUCAACCCAGAAGGGUCCUGUUUGUCUCUCCACCCCUCCAAUCCAUCUGUGUAAGAAAGCUUGCACAUCAUAUUGCUUAAGUACGGCAUGAAUAAUUUCCCCCGUGAGCACACGGCAGUGUGUUGGCUUUUAACCGAAUCCAGCUACAAUUGCACAAUCUACAGGUUGUAGUUGAUUGCUUUGCUAAGUUUAAUUAAUGUAAUGGAGCUGCAUUUCGGGGGAGGAAGAAAAGUCAAUCAUAAUAAAGAGCAAGGAGUGUUUCGAAAGCAGAUUCUGGUUUUUCAUUGCCAAAGCAAGACGCUACCAAGCAGCUAACUUUUUAUAUUUGAUUAAGAAUAUAAAGUAAACAGACGACUACAUCACCUGUUUGUUGGACCUUCUAGCUAUGUGGGAAUCUACACGUGGUUGCAAAGGGCCUGAGAAUGUACACCCAAGUUUAUGUACCCAACGCGUACUUUGAAACUUUAUCUCAAGGUUCAGGGGGCAUUUGGGGGGGGGAGGUAUAUUCAAGUCUAAACACCCACCAGACCUCAUCCUCUGAGGCAAGCCAUUUCAUGAGAAAGGCACAUUGUCGCUCAAGUGCUGGGAAGUCUCAAAAUAUUAGUAUUUGCGUAGUACAAGGCAGUCUUUUAACAACGAAACUGUUCCAAGUGUGUCCCUCCAUACCCAUGAAACUGACCUGGCAAGGUUAAUCUUUUUUAUGCAAUGCUAAAUACUGCUCAAUUAUUAACUUGUCGCUCACUCAUUUAGUCCUGGUUUUUCCCUUUUGUUUCUAAGAGGCUCUCCCAUCCCCUCCUAGAAAAGGAUGGGAGAGAGAGAAUAAAAUAAAGAACAGGAUUGUUGUCUCUAUGGAUUUCCUAGUGCUUGCUGAGCAAUUACAAAGUGGGGAAGGGGGGGUGGGAGGUAGGAUUCACAAAGGGAGCUUCCCAGUGAACAGAAGUACUGAGCCCAGUGAGUUGCAGAAAACUUCAGGCGUGCUCUGUGUGUCUUUGGCUUCCAACUGUCAAUCACAGAAUCGUAGAGUUGGAAAGGGACCCCCGGGGUAAUUUAGUCCAACCCCCCGCAAUGCAGGAAUCUCAGCUAGAGCAUCCAGGACAGAUGCAUCCACCCCCAUCGUUCUGCCAGGACACUGAGGUCCACCUCCAAGGGCCUUCUGGAGGUUCCCUCUCUGCAAGAAGUGAGGUUACAGGGAACCAGGCAGAGGGCCUUCUCGGUAGUGGCACGCCCUCCCAUCAGAUGUCAAGUAAAUAAACAACUAUCUGACGUUUAGAAGACAUCUGAAGGCAGCCCUGUUCAGGGAAGUUUUUAAUGUGUGACAUUUUAAUGUAUUUUUAAUUUUUGUUCGAAGCCGCCCAGAGUGGCUGGCGAAACCCAGCCAGAUGGGCGGGGUAUAAAUAAUAAACUAUUAUCAUUAUUAUGGCCAUCCAACUUCUGCUCAGAAAAACUGCCAAGCAAAGAGAGUCCACAGUCUCCAAGCCGUGACUGUAAUUCCCUCACCCUUUGUUUGUGAGAUAUUCUUUUUUCAAAAAAGAAAAUUAAGUUCAUUUCAUUAUUUUUAGCAUUAUUGGUGCAUUCUGCCUUCCGGCGUUAAUUAUGGGAAUGUGAUGAUGAUUGAGAGGUUUCUUUGAACACUCUUUGAGUUUUUCUUACAGUCAAGGGGUGUGUAUAUUCUGUUAAGUAAUCUCCACAUCAAAGAUAUGUGUUGCACGGAGGGGGAGGGGAGACCAUGUGGUUAUGGACGGAGCUCGCAGGUGAAGGGAAGAGGUGGAAAAUGCUAACAGGGACAUGGAUUGAUGGAGGAAGAGCAUCAUCGUACAGUGGUACCUCGGGUUACAUACGCUUGAGGUUACAUAUGCUUCAGGUUACAGACUCUGCUAACCCAGAAAUAGUGCUUCAGGUUAAGAGCUUUGCUUCAGGAUGAGAACAGAAAUUGUGCUCUGGCUGCGCGGUAGCAGCAGGAGGCCCCAUUAGCUAAAGUGAUGCUUCAGGUUAAGAACAGUUUCAGGUUAAGUACAGACUUCUGGAAUGAAUUAAGUACUUAACCUGAGGUACCACUGUACUGAGAGCCUUGCUGACCGGUUCUGCAAGGUUUUGGGGGCAGUGCUGCGGUUAUAGCACAUGAGCUGCGCACAACGCGAGCCUCCGCUCAGCCAGAUACUGAUUCUGUCUUUAUAAAUAGGAGUAAUCACCACAUUUUGUGCUACCCACCUCCCUCAGUUGACAUGUGUGCUUGGAGGAAUUCGGGGAAAGAAAUAUAUCAAAAAUAAAAUAUGCAAAUACAAAGUCUGUCGUAGUGUUGUGCAAGGAGAAAUCUCCCAGCGUUCCCCCUAAAUCUGUUUUGGAGCAUAUUUAGGGGUUGGUUCGUAGAGAUAAUUCUACCGUAACUGCACUAAUUCAGUUGAAUAUUGCUCAAAGUAUUUCUGCAGGGAAUUGCAAAGAGCCACAGAGAGUGGCUGCUCGUGUUACUAUUGGGGAGUCACUUUUAGUCCCAGAGCCAAAUGUCAUUCUGGGCAACAGUCCAGAGGUUGCGUGCCUGAGAUGUGCAUUUUACCUUCAUACAGUAGGCUACUUUCUACACACAUGCACCCUCUAUAUCAGGUGUGGGGAACUUUGGCUCUCCAUAUCUUGUUGAACUACAAUUCUCGUCAGCCCCAGAAGCAUGGCCAGUGGCCCUGGGUUUUGGGAGUCAUAGUUCAACAACAUCUAGAGAGCCAAAGUUUUUCCACACCCAGUCUAUAUCGUCCUCCAUUCAGGCGAAUGAGCAGCAUUUCCUUCAGACUUUCGCGGGAAUCUUCUCCAUUAAAUCUUCGUUGCCAUGUUCAUAGAUCUAAGGAGAGCUCGGUUCAGGUUGCAACAAGUAUAUAAUUAAAAAGGGAACAUUUUGCAUUUCUUGAUGGCUAAAUACCAAGGCAGCUGCUUAUUUCCGUGCACGUUGAAAAUCUGUGCGCAGGUUUGCUUUGCCUCACGUCCACGUUGCUUUCAUAAUUAAUUGGAUGUUUAAAUAUGGGACUGUAAUUUUGCAAUGCUGGCAUUUGGAAUUAUGUGAGUGUGUCGUGUUUGUUUUUCACUUAGCAAACGGCUUUGUGUUGGUGCCUUUGUUGAUUGGCCUUUAUGGGCACGGAAUGAUUUAAACGAGGAGGAAAAAUCUGCUUCUGUUUUGAAAUUGCAAACAUUCACAAGCCCACAGAGUCUUUUCAUUUGGGUCUGCGUAGGCUCACGGGUUUGCUUAGACGGUUGAGUCAUUUUGUUGCGCUGCAGCUUUUUAGUCUGCUUCCAGUUCAGAUGUUUCCAGCUGCAGAGCAUCUGUUUCUCAUGCAGAAGGCCCCACAUUAAACCCCUGGCAUCUUCAGGUGGGGCUGGGAGAGAACCCCCCGAUUCUCUGGGCAUGCCUUCUAGGAAGACGAGACUGCUGUAGACCAGGGGUCAGCAAACUUUUUCAACAGGGGGCCGGUCCAUUGUCCCUCAGACCUUGUGGGGGGCCAAACUAUAUUUUGGAGGGGGGGAUGAAUCCCUGCGACGGGGUGAGCUCCUGUUGCUCGGUCCCUCCUCCUGCCAACCUAGCAGUUUAAAAACACGUCAUGUGCAAGUAGAUAAAUAGGUACCGCUCCGUUGGGAAGGUAGACGGCGUUUCCGUGCACUGCGCUGGUUUGCCAGAAGCGGCUUAGUCAUGCAUGACCCGGAAGCUGUACGCCGGCUCCCUCGGCCAGUAAAGCGAGAUGAGCGCCACAACCCCAGAGUCAGUCAUGACUGGACCUAAUGGUCGGGGGUCCCUUUACCUUUACAGCAAACUUUUUCAGCAGGGGGACGGUCCACUGUCCCUCAGACCUUGUAGAGGGCCAGACUAUAUUUUGGAAAGAAAGAAACCCAGAGUUGCAUUUUGAAUAAAAGGACACAUUCUACUCAUGUAAAAACUCACUGAUUCCUGGUCCGUCCGCAGGCCAGAUUUAGAAGGCGAUUAGGCCGGAUCUGGCCCCUGGGCCUUGGUUUGCCUACUCAUGCUGUAGACCAUGUGUGUCCCACAUAUGUGAGUUGCAACUAAAAUGUGAGGAGGGUACCAGCUUGCGGAAGCCUAAGCUAUGGCAAAAUGCUGAGAUAUGAAGCCAGAUGCUCUGGAGGACGGGAUCGAGACCGACCCUUCGCACCUGAAGUGGUAGAUGAUGUUCCCCCAUUUUAUAGGCAUAAAAACUACAGAGAAGACACUCAUGUAUCAGAAUGACUUAGUGGUGAAUGACAGCUUUGCUGUCUAGGUCAUUUUUUAAUCAUCUUUUCAAAAAAAAAAUAGACUCACACCAUUACACUUGGUUCCUAGGCAAUGGUUGCGCAGGCAGAAAAUUCAUCUCAUUCUGCAUAAAUCAGCUCUCAGAAGCUGUAAAAGAGACUUUGGUAUGGCCCUUUAGUGCACUUGCAGCAAAGGGAGAGAUGAUAAUUAAUUAAUUUCUGUACUUCCCUUUAUCCCAAGAUCACAGAGCGGCUUACAAGAUAAAAACACAAAAUGUCUUACUAUACAGUGGUACCUCGGGUUACAUACGCUUCAGGUUACAGACUCCACUAACCCAGAAAUAGUGCUUCAGAUUAAGAACUUUGCUUCAGGAUGAGAACAGAAAUUGUGUGGCAUUAGCAGGAGGCCCCAUUAGCUAAAGUGGUGCUUCAGGUUAAGAACAGUUUCAGGUUAAGUACGGACCUCCGGAACGAAUUAAGUACUUAACCCGAGGUACCAUUGUAGUAACAAAAAAUAAUAAUACUCCCCCCCCCCCGAGUUUAAAAGACCAUAGUUUAAUUACUCAAACCUUUACAAACUCAAGGCUUUAAGAUGCCUACAUCUUAAAAAUACACCAGCAUUUGUUUAACUCAGAUACAGAACCAGAUAGGAAUCUUAUUUUGUGUGUGUUUAUUUUCCCAUUCAGAGCUUGGGAUAGCCAGUUAGGAGUACUUUGAUCAUAAACAUUUGAGCCUGGGACUGUCUGAGGACAGGAUCUGGAGUGAGUGAGGCAAAAGCUAUUUUGCAGGGUAGUGUUUUCCAGAUAUUCUGCUGUUUGUAUUCCCAGGGUAUUUCAGAACAGAGAAGCUCAUAGAGGGUCAUCUUUUAAUGAUUGGGAGAGAAGGCCGGGAGUGGUCCAAAAGCUGUUUUGUGGAGCAGAUGUGUUUAAUUCCAACAUCCUCAUUCAGGGAGCAUCUGCACCUUUGAAUCGAAACAGGGAAUUUGGAAAAGUGGGCAAGUAACCACCUGUAAUUCAUCUCUCUUUGGAAGGCUGUACCGUUAAAAAUAGUCCCACAUCACGUUUCAUCUCCCAGCCACAGCAAUAGGCUUGGCGCCGCUUAGUGGCUAGAAGUCAAAAUAACACAAACAGGAGCUGAUGCUUGAAUCUGUUUUGUCCAUUUGAGAAACAUCAGAAAGCAGGGGUCAGCAAGGUUUUUCUUGCCUGGGCCGGAUCAGUUCCGCAGAGAUCCCUCCAUGGGUCGGAUCGCGAUUUUCAACCUCUGCGCAGGUGCGGUUUUCGGCGCCGCACUGCGCCGGUUUAGCACAGCGGGCAACUCAGUUCGGGGGCGGCUCAUGGGCGGGUCAAAUGACCCCUGCGGGCUGCUUCCGGCCCAUGGGCCUUAGGUUGCUGACCCCUGAAAGUAUCGUUUGGCAAGUCUGUCAACUAUUCCUCAGAAAUCCCGCACUCGGUCGCUUCCUAUUUGCAGUAACAAUUCCAGUUUUUGCACCGUCUGCAAAUAUGAACUGUGGAACUCCCCACCAUAGCUGUCAACCGUCCCUUAUUUGGUGGGAAAGUCCCUUAUCCCAGCGCCGUGUCCUGCUGCUGUCCCUUAUUGAUGAUGUCCCUUAAAUUUCCCGGGUUUCAAAGGAAGCAGCUCCUCUCCCUCCCUCCCUGCCGGCCAGGGAGGAGGGAGGCUCCAGCUGUGUUGCUUGGCUGCAUUGCUCACCCAAUAAGGAGUCUAAGAAUGACUGGGGGGUGGAGCUUGCAUGCCUUGUGCCGAUCAAAUCGGCCGCGUUGCCUGGGGACUUGCCUUUGCUCAGCGCUUCCCAGCGGAGAGGUGACGGUGGUUUUCAUUGCUGGGAUGCUGCGCUGUGGGAACCACCGCUUGAGGCUUUGUUUGGCUGCUAGCUGGGCUUUCUGCCUUUGGCUCGGAGGGCCUCAGAAGUUGAACAUACCUGUGCUAGGAAAAUCCCUUAUUUUGGCUGCUGAUCCCUUAUUUUCGAGGCUGCUGGUCCCUUAUUUUCGAAUCUGUAAGUUGCCAGCUAUGCUCCCCACAGGGACUUAACCCUGUCUUUUGACUCUUGAUAUGUGUCUUUUGAGGACCAGCUUGGUUUUAUUAGUUUUUCUCCCCACUGCGUGGGGAAAGAAUUAGGAGUCAUAUAUUAAUACCACUGUUACCUGUAAGAAGCAGCUCUCUGAACUUACAUGCGUCCAUUAGUAUUGUGGUGGUUACAAGGCAAAAUACAUUGUUUUCCCUGUUGUCCUAAGUCUUCAGACAUUGUAAACCAGAGCUGCACAACUUGUAGAUCCACCAAGCUAAGCUCAAGGUCACCAGCCAUGGCAUCAGGGAGUAUUUGGCGACUGUUGUUCAAGCAGCAAAUACAGGACGUUUAUUGGGCUGCUGUUGGACUCAGCUGGUCCGUAGAUCAGUAGUAGAGCAGGCAGAAGGUCUUAGGUAUUAUUCCCAGCAUCUCCAGGCAUGCCCAGGAAUGUCCUCUGCCAGAGCCAUAGACUAACUGGUUGUAGACAUUAUUACUGAGUUAGAUGGACGGCCCAAUGAUCAAACUUGCUUUAGGGCAAUUUCCCAUGUCCCUGUGACUUUGUUCUGCACAGCCCUAGCCUAGCAUAAAGCCCUCUAAGAAACGGUGCCAAUUCAAAAAUGUCUCUUCCUUCCCAGCCUCAGCUGGGGAAUUGCAGGUCACAACCAAGGCCCUAAAAUUCACCCAUUUAAGGUUAGAUUAGAAGCUGGCUUUUAAUUUGAAUUCAAAAUGGGGAGUGCAAACAGCAAAAUUCAGAUUUUAUUUGCCUGACUUGUACAAUACAGUUUCUUUAUUUGUUACCUAUGGUUUAUCCCACUUAAGGUGUAAUCCCAUUCCAUUGGAGAUUUGACUGCAGUUCCAUCAGCUGCCACUCCCUGAUGGAAAACUAACUUCCAACGAGGGGUUAUUGGCAUAUUAGGAAUCCCACUGUAUGAUCUUGAAAUGCUUUUUGUCUGAUAUCUGUGCAGCUAAUUUCCUUGUUUUAAGGUAGGAUGCAAAAGAUUAGGAAAUUAAGCAACCCAUUAGAGCUGUCAGAAUGAUAAAAGGGUAGCACAUGAAUUUGCUGGUUCCCGAUACUGCCCUUGAAGAUGGCAGAGAGAAGACAGAGAAUGUUAUGAAGCUGCUUUAUACAAGUGGUGACUAUUUUAGGCGUGUUCAAUUGACACACAGGUCCUUUUUGACCCAGAAGAACGCAGAAUGGGAGUGGGGCAGGGCGUAAUGGGGCAGGGGGCGCUUAUAUGCUCUCUGAUAAUCAUGUGGGGUGUCGGAAACAGAACCCCCGUCUGAAAUGGCUGCCCCUUGCCAGAUCAUUGGUCCAUUUAGCUCAGCAUGGGAUUGGGGAACUUUUUUUGAGGCUAUUUGUGUUUCACCCCCCAGGCCUGAGACUCUCCUCUACUUGUUGACACAGUCUGGAAAAACGUGUUCUCCCUAGCAGAGAGCACGUGUUGCGGUGGGGGAUACAAGCCACCCCAGUGUUGCUGGGCGGAUUUGCAGAGUGACCCAGGCAGUGAAUUGGUUACCGUAUUUUUCGCUCGAUAACACGCACCCGACCAUAACACGCAUGUAGUUUUUAGAGGAGGAAAACAAGAAAAAAAAUAUUCUAAACGAAACAGUGGAUGUAUGAUUUUUGUGGUUCAUGCUGUGGCCACAGACAUGUGAUCUGACGGUGAGUUUGGGGUAGCCCAAUGCAAAAAUCCUGAGGAUCCAUGUGGAUCCAUGCUUUGUAACCACGUUUUUGCGCCAUUGCGGCCCCAUGAAACAGUGGGUUCGUGUGUUUUUUGGUGCAGGCUGUAGCCAUGGACAUGCUAUGUGAUCUGAUGGUGAAUUUGGGGUGACCCAGUUCAAAAAUCCUGAGGAUCCAUGUGGAUCUGUGCUUUGUAACCACGUUUUAAGUGGGGAGGGAAGGAAAAGCACUCAAGCGACAAGGAGCACGUGUGGAGCAGGCUCUGCUUCUCUCCCUCCUCCCCCCCCCUUAAGCAGGUUCCUUUUUUUUUUUUAAAUAAUUUUUAUUAAGGUUUCAAUCAAAAAUUAAACAGAAAAAACAUAAAAAAGAUACACAAAUACACAAUACAAAUCCCAGAAAGAAAUAAAAAAACACAAAAAGCAAGAAACAAGAAUAAAAAAAGAAACAUAACAAUUAAAAACAAUAUCACUUUUCCAUUUCCGUUUUUGAAUUUACUUAUUUUCUGGACUUCCUCAUACCUCCCUCUUUUGUAUUCCAGUCCAAAUUGUUUGUCCAGCAAUUUCUUUUCCACUUUAUUAAUCCCAAUCUUUAAUCUUAAUAUAAUAUAUAAUGCUUAAACUUCUUUAAUCCUAAUCUUUAAUCUUAAUAUAAUAUAGCAUUAAAAUUUUACCUCUUAAAUACCAAAUUUCCAUUUCCUUAAACAUCUUUAAUCCUAAUCUUUAAUCUUAAUCUGUCAAUAACUUUAACCUGUACAGCUGGAAACCACUUAUUUUCGAUCCAACAUCACUCUAACAUUCUUUAAUUUUGCAGUGUUUCUGAAGAUAAUCUUUGAAUUUCUUCCAAUCUUCCUCCAUCGACUCUUCUCCCUGGUCACGGAUUCUGCCAGUCAUUUCUGCCAGUUCCAUAUAGUCCAUCAGUUUCAUCUGCCAUUCCUCCAGUGUGGGGCAGGUUCUGCUUCUCUCCCUCCUAUCCCCCAACCCCCCACUCUCCCCUUAGCGAGCUGAAAAUCUUUCCUUCUCCUUUAAAGCAAGCAGGUUCUGCUUCUCUCCCUCCUCCCCCCCCCCCUUAGCGAGCUGAAAAUCUUUCCUGCUAUUUCCAGCAAAGCAUGACGAGAGAUACAGAGAGCCUGCUUGCUUUAAAGGAGCCAACCGGACAGGAGCAGCUCCCCUCCCGCUUUGCUCCUUUAAAGAAGCAGGCACUCUGUCCCUCUCUCCUCCCCAUUCAGCGGCUCUUCUCCCGCUGGAAACCACGGAGGAGGGAAGCAUUCGCUCCGUAACACGCACAGACAUUUCCCCUUACUUUCUAGGACGAAAAAAAUGCGUGUUAUGGAGCGAAAACUACGGUAAUUGGGUCGCUGGGGAGAAUUGCUUGUUGCCAAUUUUGAAGGAGGGGUCAGAGGUUUUAAAUAUUGGACGCCCAACUUUGGCCGUCAUCUUGGCUGCUUGCACCGGAUCACCCACCCACCCUCCCUGUAUUGGGGGGGUUGUUCGCUUGACCUUGCUAUGCCUGUCAUGGGGUCGUCUGCUUUGAGGCAGGGGCCUGGUAGGAAUUUUGUCCAUUUGGCUGAUUGGCUGGUGCCAUUUGGUUUUUGCCUACUGCGUAGCAAAUUGUCACAACUUGUAAGGUUGGCGGUUAGGCAUUGGUUCAAAUUGGUUGGUGGAGGGGUAAGUGCCUACCCCUCCAAUGGUGAUGCUGAAAGGGAAUUCCGUUAAAGGAAUCCAGGGGCUUGCCAUUCUUUUAGUCCUUGUCCCUGGCAUCGGACUUGGGCCAUGCAAGCCACCAGGAGCAUGAGGGUGAGAAGUGAGGGACUGAGGCCCAGCUUCAUUUUCUCCCCAAAAUUGUUUCCCUCACUGGCUUCCGCUGGAAUCUGGAAGUCAGUUCUGUCCCUGGGCAAGGACAGAUAGUCGGAACCAAUGCCUAAGCAACCACUCACUUGUGUGUAUUUAAAUAAAGUUGUGGCCAAAAUCGUGCCAAAAACCCAAACCAAAAUUGAUGUGUGAUGUGUGAAUUAUUGGGGGGUGGCUUGGGGACCUCGACACACAACACUUCUCCAGGAUACCUGACGGGAAUCUUUCCCAAGUCUUCCUGGAGAUGCUGAGAAUUGAACAUGGCGCCUUCUCUGUGUACAGCAGAUCCCCUGCUGCUUGGCUCCCCAGCACUGUAGAGAUGCACAGAAUAACCGCUGCUGGUGUCAAAAACCUGUCCAGAUUUGUGGUAUGUUAAAGGAGCGACUUGUGACUUUAACUGCUUCCCUUGUUUUACAGAAAGAGAUGACAGCCCGGAUGUGUCACUGA